CCAAAGUGUCUAGACUGGCACAUGAUGGGAGGGAGCCAAUGACUCCAGCGCUCUCCUAGGGGGCCCUGCGUGUGUGUUUUAGAAGAACAAAAAAGAGAGAGAGGGAAGAAGUGGGGGGGACAGAGAGAGGGAGGGAGAGGCGACGAGGGUCUCCGCUGCUCGGGAGGCAGAUCUCGGCGGCCCCCCAAGCCCGGGGGGCGGAAGAAGGAGGAGGAGUGAAGUCGGGGGGCUCUACCCUGGGUGGACGCCUCUGCCCCCAGGAGCCUCGCCGGCCCUUCUGCAAGCACCCAGGGCUUCGCUUGGCGUGGAUUUGCUGAGGCUGCUCCGGACCGCCGAGGAGGAUUUGGGGCGCCUUUUCUCCCCGAGCGGCGGCGGCGACGACGGCGCUUCUUCUCAUGCGCCUGCUGCAGUGCUGCCUCUCCUGCCGCCGCCGCCGCGUUUCUCUCGGGCUGGGAUCUUGAGUACCGAGCCAAGCCAUGCGCGGCGCCGCCAGCCUGCUCCUUGCCCCGGGGGGCGGCCAGCCUCUAACUUGGGAAGGCGUCGGGGCAACUUUUUAAAAGGCGCCCCAGCCAGACGCAAAGGAAGGACCGCGGCGUCGAGGGUUUGCCAGGGCGAAAAGGAAAAAGCCUGGGGGAGUUUUGUUGUUUUGUUUGCUUGCGCGCUUGUUCGUGGAAGGGCUCCCUCGCAAGGAGGGGGGCCGGCAAGCCUUCCCCGUCCCCUCCUGGCUCUCGGGGCUCCAUGUAGGGCCGAGGGGGCGGGCUGCGGCGGAUCCCCCGCUCGCCAGGACGCCGGCCUGCGGGGCUCCACUCUAUGCCAUUGCUGCCUCCUUCCCCCAUGCGGCUGCCCGGCCGGCGCUUCUGGGCGAGUGGCUGGGCCGGGCGGGCGAGGAGCCCCCGCGGUUGCUCCGGGCGCCGGCGCCGCUGCCGUCGUUGCUGGGUCUCCUUCAUGCGGCCCUCGUUUGGGAGGAUCUGACCCGGAGCCAGGAAAGGCCAGCAGCUCCGCGGCCGGGCGAAGCGUAUGUUCAGGUCCAAACGGGCAGGGCUUGUGCGGCGACUUUGGAGAAGCCGGGUCCUCCCCGACAGAGAAGGCGUCGGAGGAGGGGGAGGAGGAGGAGAUGGUGGCGGCGGCGGCGGCGGCUCCACCGGCAGUAGUACCGGCAGCCUCAGGAAGAGCCAUGAGCGAGGGGGCAGCGACGGCAGGAGCCCGGAGAAGCCCCCUGCGAGCGGCAGGCGAGCGGUGACCGGCGGAGGCGCCGUCGAGGAGCCGUGCGCUUUGGAGAGGUCCAUGGCGCACGGCGAGGGCGACCCUCCGGCGCCCCCCGAGGUGGAAGAGGAGGCAGCGGCCGUAGCAGCAGCAGCAGUGCGGGAGGACGCCGAGGAUGGCGGCUCCGACGGCGGCCUCGAAAGGGACAGCCCGUGGUGGGCGCAGGAGAGCGACGGCAUGACCGUCACCUGCUGCCUCUUCAAGGAGAGGGACGCCGACGCUGACGCCGUCUCGCCCCGGCCCCGGGAGCUGCCAGCCCGGGAAGGGCGCUCCAGGCUCUCUCUGCUGGAGCAGGAGCUCAAGGCCGUCACGUACUCACUCCUGAAGCGCCUCAAGGAGCGCUCCCUCGACAGCCUCCUCGAAGCCGUCGAGUCCCGCGGCGGGAUGCCCAGUGACUGUGUCCUUGUCUCCCGCGCCGAGGUGCGCCUGGGCGGUCAGGCGGCUCCUCCGCACCUCCUGCUGGGGAAGCUCUUCCGCUGGCCGGACCUCCAGCACCCGGCCGAGCUGAAGCCCCUGUGCGAGUGCGGCAGCUUCGGCCUCCCCGACGGCCCCACGGUGUGCUGCAACCCCUAUCACUUCAGCAGGCUGUGCGGGCCAGGUUAGUAGCACCGUCGAUUGCCUCGGGGCCACCCGGGGCGCGGGAGGGCUGGGCAGCUGGGAUGUCCUGAGGUGGUUCAGGGAGGGGGACUGGAGUAUUGGGGAAGGUGCAUCUUCAUAAAGGAUCCACAGUUACACCCCCUCCCAUUUGAAGUAUUCAGUGUUGAAAAUCAACAUGCACAGGCAUCUUGGUGAAAAUUCUCUCACUUGGAUCUCCUUUGACCAUGGUGGCUGAAUAGGAGCACCAUAGAUAGAGCCACUGUAUUUCUGAAUUCAAUUGCUGGGGGCAAACGACAUGGGGAGAAUCUUAUCACCUGUGUGGCUAAAAUCAAGGGGAUUGCUGCAUUAUGGGAUCCAUAAUGCUGGCCUAGAUCAGAGAUGGGGGACCUGUGGCCCUUAGACGCUGUUGGGUUCCCUGCUCCCAUGGAUCACAGGAUCUGCAGUUGAACAGUGUCUGCAAGACCAGCGGUUCCCCAUCUCUAGGUCAGAUGCAUCUUUGGUCUGAACCAAGAGGGAAUGAUGUUUUUGCAAGUGUAAAAGUUUGCCUGGAGUGGCAUAAGCAACUUCCAGAAUAGUUUGCCAUAGGAGGCAUCUCAAAGGUGGGCAGAUGGAGUUUGGUACGGAUAGCCAAUUUGAUGCCCUUCAGAUGUACAUAGGAAGCUCCCUUCUUCUGAGUUAGACCUGUGUCCAUCUGCCUCAGUGUAGCCCAUGUGGUCCCCUCCAGAUGCUGAUGUACUACAACUCCCAUCAGUUCCAUUGGCCAGGGAUGAUGAGAGCUGUUGUCCAACAACACCUGGCUUCCUGGAGAUGCAAGGGAUUGGGCCUGGAACCUUCUGCAUGCAAAACAGGUGCUCUACCCCUGAGCUACCGCCCUUUCAUAGGGCUAUGGUUCUUGAACUACAACUCCCAGCCAGCAUGGCCAGUGUUCAGGGUCAGGGAUGAUUGGAGUUUGGGUCUGACAGCAUUUGGAGGGCAUGACGACGGCUGCCGGCUCAAACUGCCAGAUGUAACGACUGUCCUGUGGAAGUUGGUGCACAACAAUCUUUGUUAGUCUUGGAAGGUGCUGCAGAAUUCUGGUGCCUUUGUAUCUCUUUCUCACCCUGUUUAUUUGAGAGGCACUCAGCCUGCUUUGAAAACAAGUUUUCAGUGCCAGAUCUCAGGCUUGGCACAUGUGACAUGAUGGGAACCUCCUUGGGGCAAGGACCUGAAUUUUUGUGUGUGAGAAACUCUGCAAAGUGCCAUGUCUAGCGAUAAUCUUGUAUAUGUAGCUAAUCGUAGCAGCAUAGGAAGGAACAUCGCAAACUGGUUCCUCUAGCUCACUACUGUCUACACUGGCUGGCAGUGGUUCUCCAUGAUUUCAGUCUUUCUCCCUGCCCUACCUGGAGAUUAAACAUGGGACCUGCGUGCAAAGCAGAUACUUUAUCACUGAGCUACAGCCCUUCCCUGCAUAUCUGAGCAUGUGCAGAAUGGAUUCUGGGAUUCUGGUGCAUCGUGUUGAAGUCAUAGGGUGUGAUCUCCAGGAUGCCUAGAGCCACACAGUACCUCUCUGUUUAUGGUUAACAACUUCUAGCCAUUUCCUUCUUAAGCUAGGAAUGUUGAUCUGAACUUAUUUUGUCCACCACAUGAGCAGUUCAAGUUACAGGCCACUUUGGGGAUGAUAAGUUUGGAAUGGUGAUGGUUCACGCAAUGCAUGGAACCAGAGACCUCUCCGCUUUGCCACCCUAUGGCUGAUUCAUAUGUACAGGUUCUGCACUUGAAAACUGCAGCACCCAACGGUGGCCUGCAUCUGUGAAGGAAGCAUCCCAGGAGCUUCCUGUUCCCCUCAGACCCAGGGCUUCCCAUACCAAGUUGGUGGACACAUCCCACUGCCACUCAUCAAGACCUGGUUCACUUAGAAACCGCAGGCAUCAGAUAAAACAACCUGCAUGUGUGGAUGCACCAUCACAGUUCCAUGCGCCCCCAAGAGAACUGUAAAAUGUCAGAGGCUUGCAGAAGUCAGUGUUCCAGUUGAGGGUGAUCCAGCGUUGAGAAAUCAAGUGAUGUACAUGCUUGUCUGAAGUGGUCCUUAUUUAUUGCACCACCUGUGGCCAGUGGCUACUUACUACCAGAGCAGAGCAGCUUGCAGGUUCUGUGUGCCACAGAUCUGUUGAUGUUUGGUGCUCAGCCCUUGGAAGUUGAACUGAUUUUCCUUUUCAGUGUUGACAGGGCUGUUGUGCAAUUUUGACAGGCGCAGUGUGGAAAGCGCACUGGUUACAGUAUUUUUGGUCCAACAUAGUUCAUGACGAUUGGUCAAAGAAUUUAAGCCAGAGACGUCAUGCUGUGCCCAGGCCUGUAUCCCAACUUUUGAGAGUGAGAGAUAAAAACAUAAGUAUAGCCCAUCUAACAUAGCAUCCUGCUCUCACAGUGGCCAACCAGAUACCUAUGGAAAUCCCACAACAGCAUUCUCCCCAUCUGUGAUUCCAGCAAGUGGCAUACAGAGGCAAACCGCCUUUGACAUUCACUAAUAGCCUCAAGCUCCAUGAAUUUGUCUAAUCCUCUCUUAAAGCCAUCCAUGUUGGUGGCCAGCGUAAUAAUAAUAAUAAUAAUAAUAAUAAUUUAUUAUUUAUACCCCACCCAUGUGGCUGGGUUUCCCCAGCCACUCUGGGCAGCUUCCAACCGAAUAUUAAAAACAAUACAGCAUCAGACAUUAAAAACUUCCCUAAACAGGGCCGCCUUCAGUUGUCUUUUAAGAGUAAAAUAGUUGUUUAUUGCCUUGACAUCUGCUGGGAGGGCGUUUCACAGGGCAGGCGCCACUACCAAAAAGGCCCUCUGCCUGGUUCUCUGUAACCUCACUUCUCGGAGGGAGGGAACCGCCAGAAGGCCCUCGGCGCUGGACCUCAGUGUCCGGGCUGAACAAUGGGGGUGGAGACGCUCCUUGAGAAUAUAGGAGGACAAUCCACUUCAUUGAUGCCAAACACGUUACUAGGGGAAAAGGCCAGCUGAAGAUAGUGGCCAAGGUGACACAUCAUGUUUAGCUGGAAACCUUGGUUUACACAAGAACAUUGUGCCCGUUCUGAUCCUCACCAUUCAUGUUGGAAGGAAACAAAGCACGAUUCCUGAAGCUACAUCUGAACUGUAAGAACAUAUGAAGAUCCUGCUGGAUCAGGCCAAUAGCCCAUCUAGUCCACAGGGAUCAUAGUUGGUUUAGCUUAAGUAAACCAUGACUGGUAUGGCAAGAACAAACUUUGGUUUAUCAUUAUGGUUUGCUUUGGGUGCAACAAACCAUGGUCCCAAGUUCUGCCACUAAAGCCAGGGAUUGUGGUUGGUUCCUCCUCUUGUGAGUACCAAGGAGGCAAGUGGGUUGGGCUCAAUGUUCCAGAUGUUUUCAACUACAACUCCCACCAUCCCUGACCAUUGGCCAUGCUAGCUGUGGCUUUUAAAAAUAUAUAUAUAAAUGCAGAGAUGCUUUAAGGUCUACCAGCCAAAAAGCCCUGGAGCAAAGCAAAACUGGCAACAGAGCACCUUUGCUCAUAUUUCAAUUCCUCCCUCUUUUGGAAUAGAUCGUAGCUUAAAUUAGGGAAAGCACUCAGGGUCUAUUUAUAUACACAGGGAUCUCUUAUAUAGUAUUAUACACACACGGACACACAUUUGGCACAUUCUUGUUUUCUUAAAUUAAAAUACUGCUUUGCUUUACUUUACGCAUGUCUAAAACCAGGUGUGUUGGACAGCAGGUGGUAAUGCCGUACUAAAACACAGGCCUUUAUUGAAUAACACCCUAGUGUAGUGUUUGUUCUGUGCUCUGUCUGCCUCAAGGGUUUGCUGAAGACUGAUGUCAAGCAUUGUCCGAGCGAGGGCUGUUUCACACAUGCACGUGCAUCCCUUGACUUCUCUGAUUAAUGCAUCUUUGCUUUGGAUUUGCUGACUCUGGCAGAUUUCGUGUGAAGCCUUGUAUCUGAGUAGAUGAAAAAGUCCCUGGGUCGCCCAUUCACAUGCGCACGCACAGGACACCUGAUUCUUGGCCCACUAAGAAAGCGGCAUCAUCUCCCUGGAUCAAAGGCUGCACUGGGAACCUGUUUGCUGAGUUUAAGCUUUAUAUGUUACUUAUAGUUAUUUCGUGUAUGAAAUGCAUAUCUUGCCACUCAGUGGCCGUAUUCAAAGUGACAAAUGAAAUUGGCAUUGGUUAUCCGGUUGCAAGGGAGACUUAGUUCUCACAAGCAGCUGAUGAGCUUGGUAAGAGUUGUCCCUCCUCAGAUUGCAGGGUGGGGCUUGCAUGAUUGAAAAAAAAUUUCCUUGCCCACAAAAAAGCCCUAGAUGUCAGGGGAAAGAGUUCCCGUCUUGGCUUCCUUUGUAUCUCCAGGGAGUCUGGUUUUUUUUUGUUGAGGAACAAAGAAAAUUGCUGCCUUAUACUGGGUCAGGCCAUUGGUCCAUCUAGUUCAGUAUUGUCUACACUGACUGGCAGCAGCUUUUCAUGGUUCAGGUUAGGGACAUUUCUGGCCCUACCUAGAGAGAUUGAACCUAGGACCUUCUGCAUGUAAACCAAACGCAAGGACCAUUUUGUAUGGCAAACCUCCACUCUAAAGUGGUGCAAUUCAGGUCUACCUCCUCACCUCCUUUUUGCAAAAACUGGGACAAAGUUUAUUUCACAAGGGGUAAGAAUAGCUCAAAAAAUGUAUGGUGAAAAUCGAAGCCUGCCUACUUCUUCAUGGUUGUCCAGGGCUCUCCUGGACCCUUCCCUGUGCGACAAGAGAUGAUGUUGGUCACAGUGAUAUUUGACCUGGGGGAACCGGGGUGUUUUCCUCCCCUCUCCAGAUCGCUGUCACCCCGAUCAACGCUCCAGUCAUUGCUUGGCUCUAAACAAGGAAUUGUGACCCGACAUAGGGAAGCUAUCAGACGCAUUAGUUCACCAAGCUCUAUAUUGUCUGCACGGAUUGGUAGCAAUGGCUCUCCAGGGUUUAAGGAAGGGUUCUCUCCCAGUCCUAACUGGAGAUGCUGUUGGGGAUUGAACCUGCAACCUUCCGCAUGCAAAGCAGAUGCUGUGUCAAGCAGCUGACGGGAAUCCUGUUCAGCCCCCCAUCUGGCUGCAGACAUUUCCCAGGUAUGAUCCUCUACAGACUUUCAAGCUGGUGUAACCAAUGAGUCCAGUCUCCAUUCAGAUCCCUCCUGCUAUGAAUUCUGCACCUGGCAAGUUCUUCUCUUCUCAGCCUCAGAACUGUAAAAUGCAAAUGGAGGCCUACCCUACCGGGUUGUUGUGAGGAUUAUAACAUGGCAAUGGAUGGAGCUCCAGAGAAUAUUGUUUAUGAUUAUUAUUUUCAGAGUGUUCAGGACCAGAAACACGGGUGCUGAAUUCUGCAUCCAGACCCAAAUUCCGUGCCUUUUCUGUGCUUGUGUGGAAACGAUGAAGCCCCAGGUGUGGGAACCCUCUUGCCACUAAUGCAGAAUGAGUGCAAGUGGGGUGUUGGAAUAGGACCUGGGAGACCAGGGUUCACAUUCCCUUUCGCCUCUGAAGCUCACUGGGUGACCUUGGCCAGUCACUAUCUUUCAGUGUAACCUACCUCGUAGGGUUGUUGUGAGGACGACUGCGAGAACCUUGUAUAUUACGUGAGCUCCUUGGAGGAAGAAUGGGAUGUCAAUGUAAUAAUAGUCAUAGAAAAUCUGGACAAUCAGCUAGACAAAACAUGGUAUUUCCUUCAAGACAGUAACCCAUUCUUCUGCUUCAGGGGCUGUGAGGUGGGCUGUCUGUACCUUAGUGGCUGAACACUAGCUUAGCAGGCUGGAAGUCCCAGGUUCAGUCCUCGCUAUCUCCAGGUAGGACUGGGUAAGGCCCAUAUUUGUAACCCUGGUGAUUCCCUGCCAGUCAGAGUAGACAGUAUAGUGGUACCUCGGGUUACAGACGCUUCAGGUUACAGACUCUGCUAACCCAGAAAUAGUACUUUGGGUUAAGAACUUUGCUUCAGGAUGAGAACAGAAAUCGCGCGGCGGUAGCGGGAGGCCCCAUUAGCUAAAGUGGUACCUCAGGUUAAGAACAGUUUCAGGUUAAGAACGGACCUCCAGGACUAAUUAAGUUCUUAACCUAAGGUACCACUGUACUGAGCUAGAAGGAUCAGUGGUCUGACUGGUUUGAGGCAGUUUCCUAUGCCCAUAUUUUUACCUGCACCCCAGGGUGGGUUCCUGGGUGUCCUAGAUGAAGCAGGCUGCGGUCACCCUCACUUUUGCACAGUUCUCCCAGCUUCCUUCAGUGGAAGUCUUGAGGCAUCAAGAGAGUGCAGAUUUCCCCACCGCUUAACACCAGCAACACCUGUUGAUCCCAGCAGAGCACAUCAAUGGAUGGUGUGCUCCAGGCAGCAAGGGGUUAACGUUUUGCAUCAGGGGCUGCAAUUUGAGGUGGGGAAGAGAGGCUGGGGGGAAGAGAGGCUGGCUUCCCUUGGCUGGCCCCCUUCACUCCCUGUGGCCAUGGGGUCUAUAGGAUGCCAGGAGGGUGAAGUAAGAGUAGGCAGCAGCCCUUGUACUCCCUGUAACUUAAUACAGAGUAGUGCAAAUGAGAUUUCUCCCUUCAUCCCUAAACACCAUCUUCUGCGCAUUCUUACUGUGUGUUUUUGAAAAGGGCCGUGUUAGACAAAGUUUGGCAGGAUGGCGCCUUUUACAACCUGGUGUCCCCCCCCCCCCCAGAUGUUUUGAAGUACAGUUACCAUCAGUGUUGUUGUUGUUUUUAACAUCCAGGAUCCUUUCCCCUCUUCUGUUGCCAUUGGACCAAAUUCACACACAAACGCCACCAUCCAUUUCUGCUUCCAUCACAGGAAUAGUUAGCAUUCACCAAAGCAUUUGGGAAGAAGGAGAUCCAAGAUUCUCCCUUAUCUCAUUCCUCUGCUCUGACAGCAGGCGCUGGAAAUGUAGAAAUCAAGACCAGCAAAAGCAAACAAACAGCUUGGUGGCAUUUAAAAAAAAUAUAGAUCCACUUUGUUUGAGUUCGAUUCCCAAAGGGGCUUCAGCGAACACGUGUUAAAUUAAGCAAAACUCUGUGGGAAGAAAAGGCUGAGCAGGCUUUGGACUUGUUUUCCCAAGACAGCCCUAAGUAAAUUUGCACAGGAGUAAGAGCCACCACACAAGGAAGUGUGCUUAACUCUCAUCGCAGGCUCCUUCUCUUUAGAAAGGCAAAUUUUGCCUUGCCUGUUUUUGCAUUUUUUGUUUUCGGUGGUAGUAACCGUAUCCACAAAAUUACUGCCCUUUCGGCAAUGCCGAAGGAGACUUAACCUUUUUGGAGGGGAUGUAUAGAAAAUCACUGGUUUUCUUCAGGCAAAAGAAAAUGGGAGUUAAAGAGAAACGCACAAACACACAAGUCUCUUUUUCUUUUGGCCUGGCAUUAUCCCCUUUCAACGGAGAUCAGUUUCAAGUUGUUCUUAAAAAGCACCCCCUUCCUUCCCCCCUCCCUCCCUUCUUUUCCUUAGCAGGUUCCCCCCUCUUGCUAUUUAGGUGAAGAAGUGGUGAUAAUAUGCAGUUUGCAUUUUGCUGGCGCCAGCCUGACUGGCAAUUUAUCUGACUGCCUCUCUUAAAGCUGCAGUGCCCCUUUUCCUAACUUCUGGGGUUUUUUAUUAUUAUUGCAAGUUGGGUUUUUUCCAUUUUUUUAAAAAGCAGCAAAACCUGCCUUCCUGUUGAAACUCAUUAAGAGAAGGAAAAACCAGCUCUACGAACCUGAAUUUUCUGUUGCCCUAACUAUAGAAUUCAGUUCACGUAGAAAUUAAAUUGUCUAAGAAACUUGACUUGGACACAGGAUCCUAGAUCUUGUUCUUUGGUUGACAGGAGUCUCUCUCUCUCUCUCUGUGCGCUUUUCUCUCUCUUAAUUCUGUUCUGUGUUGCUGCAAGGGGAGCGGGGAAUCUCCCCCCUUUUUUUGGCAAGUCAGCUUUCCUUAAUUUCCUUAAUUCUCUUUGUUUUGCAAUCCCCAUUCACUUUGGAUCUUUCCUACAGGGAGUGAUGGAAUUUCUUUCUCUCGAAUAUUCUCUCGAAUAUCACUGGAACAUGGAGUACCGUGUUCUUUGUAACAAAUGUGCACUGACUUUGUGUCGAGGGUUUUGGAUGGAAGGGUUUUGUUGAACACCUCUCAAGAAAGAGAACCCCCAAAAUGCAGCUUUUGAAAAAAUGUGACAGUGUUGCUCUGGAUUCUUUCCGCAGCAGUGUCAAAACUCUACAGAUGACUUUCUUGGCUCCUAGAGAAACCCCAUAAUUUGUCACCCUUUGGAUCUUGGAACAGGGUAUUUUCAGGCACCUCUGAAAACUAUAGUUCCCAGGUUUCCUUUGGGCUGGUAGGAUGAGUUGAAAUUGAAAUAAACUACAGUGGUACCUCGGGUUAAGAGCUUAAUUCGUUCUGGAGGUCCGUUCUUAACCUGAAGAACUGUUCUUAACCUGAGGUACCACUUUAGCUAAUGGGGCCUCCUGCUGCCACUGUUCUGCCACCGAGCGAUUUCUGUUCUUAUUCUGAAGCAAAGUUCUUAACCCGAGGUACUAUUUCUGGGUUAGCACAGUCUGUAACCUGAAACGUCUGUAACUCGAGGUACCACUGUAGUUGAAAACUUUUCUUUUAAAAAUUUGAAGUGUUGAUGUGCUGCCAUAGUUUGGUUCCCUCAGCUUGCAGUCAUGUUUGGAGCACCAAUGUUGAGAGUUACUUGCCCUGAAAUUUCAAGUAAACACUCAGUUCUCAUUGUACACUGAUGAGGAAUAGGGCUGGGCAAUAAUGGGUUUUCAAUAUUGCGAUAUAUCACCAGCUAAACAUCACAAUAUAUCAAUAUAUCACGAUAUCUGAAAUACGAAAGGAAAUACGCAGAGGUGAACAGGACAAUAUCCUGGUAACUGCUACUACUGUUUGUGCCGCCGCCAUGAGGCCUUGCAGGCUACUACUGCUACUGCCACCAGCUCCCGUCACAGCCAUGAGGACUUGCAGGCUGCCGUCACAGCCAUGAGGACUUGCAGGCUGCCACUGAUUGUGCCGCCACGCCUUGCAGGUUGUUGUCACUGCUGCUGCUGACAUGCACCGCGGUCAUGGCAAGCUGUUUCUGCCACUGCCGCUUCUGCCACCUAGUAGGCCUGCUGGCAGUUUGGCAGCCCCAGAUUAUAUGUAUUCACUAUAACUCUUCGCCGUACUUUGGAUUGUCCUGUAUACCACCAUUUGGUAGCCAAGCCCAAAACCCAAAGUCCUGUUGGGAUUCAUUUUGGCAUGCCUGCUGAUGAAACCAAGUGUUUGAUUAUUGGUAAUAUUGUCAUUUAUCCGUUUUAGACCCCUAAGUAGCAGCAGUUGCCAGGACAUUGUCCUGUUCGCCUCUGUAUAGUUCUAUCCUUAUUUCAGACAUUGUGGUAAAUGGCAACAUUUAGCAGGUGAUGUUGUGAGGUUUAGCUUCUGAUAACAUUGCAGUGUUUAGCUGGUGAGUUAUCGCAAUGUUGAAAACCAGCUAUCUCCUAGCCCAGGCACCCCCAACCUUGCGGCCCUCCAGAUGUUUUGGCCUACAACUCCCAUGAUCCCUAGCUAACAGGACCAGUGGUCAGGGAUGAUGGGAAUUGUAGUCCAAAACAACUGGAGGGCUGAAGGCUGGGGAUGCCUGACCUAGCCCCUACACACAUUGUGAUUCAUGAUAUAUUGCUAGCUAAAAUAUUAUGAAACAAUUAUCACGAUGUGAACUUCAAACCAGGGUUUUGGACGAUAUAUCGACCAGCCCUAAUGAGGAAGUUCUGGAACUUGAAAAAGCAAUGAUGCCUAUUCCCAAGCAAACAGGCGUUUUGUUCCUUUUUAGGAGCAGGAGUUUGCUAGCCACAAAGUGCAUCAUAUUCCCAGUGAACCUGGCCAGAGUACCCUCCUUGUCUUUGAUGGGUCUACAGCAGAGUAAAUUGGAUUAAGGACUGCAGCCAGUGGCCUCCUUAAGACCCAAUUCUAGUUCAUUGUGGUCCAUGAAAGCACUUCUCCCCAUUUUAUAGCAUACACCCAGCAACUUGAGGGGUAAUGUGUUGCUAAAUAACUAUACUUUGUGAUGUGUUUAUGAAUGCUUAGUCUUAGGCAGGGGUCAGCAAACUUUUUCGGCAGGGGGCUGGUCCACUGUCCCUGGGGGGCCGGACUAUAUUGGGGGGGGGGAAUGAACAAAUUCCUAUACCCCACAAAUAACCCAGAGAUGCUUUUUAAAUAAAAGGACACAUUCUACUCAUGCAAAAACACGCUGAUUCCUGGACCAUCCGUGGGCCGGAUUUAAAAGGCAAUUGGGCCGGAUCCGGCCCCUUGGCCUUAGUUUGCCUACCUAUGGUUUUAAGAGUGAGUAAUGGUGCCCAGUGUCUCCAUAAAAACAAGGCGAGAGAGAUUCCACCAUAAGUUCAGCCAAAUGGUUCCUUCCUUGGUGUGGGGGCAAAUGCUUCUGUAACCUAAACUUCCAGGGGUUGUUAAUCAGUGUCUUCCUUGCUUUUCAGAAUCUCCACCCCCUCCUUACUCCCGGCUGUCUCCAAAUGACGAGCAAAAGCCACUGGGUAAGUAUCUCUCUUUUUUUCUGCACAUGUGUCUUGCUGUGAUUUCGCGCGAAACGUUCAAAAGCUGCUGCAGGCCAAGCCCAUCUCAUUCAUUUCUUUUAAAUCCUGCUUUCUGCCAUUUAGGCCUCACAAAGUGCGGCUUGCAACAACAACAAAAAGACGAUUGACAAUAUCCCAAAUACAGACGAAACUCCCCAAAUUUAAAAUCUCAGAAACAAAAAAGAGCGUCAGAAUGUUUUGGAACAAAGGGGAAGCGUUUGUAGUGCAAAGGCCUCCUGAAAUGAAAUUGUUCUAACCAGGCUUUUGAAACCUCAGCAGGGACUGUGCCUGUCUGACUUCUGGUUGGAGGAAGUUCCACAGGGUUGCACCCUGAAGGCACGAUGACUUGUUGGCAUGAGUUGUGCUUCUGGGCCAUGGAGGACCACUUAAAGUGCUUCCCUAGAAGAUCCCAGGAACGUUCUUGGGGAUGUACAGGGACAGAGACUCUUCGGGGUUUCAGACAAAGAGCAUUCUUAGCCCAGCUUUGAGAUUCUGGAGAUAGAAACUGUGUGGGACCUUCUGCAUGCGAAGCAGAUGUUCUGCCACUGAGCUAAUGUCCUUCCCCCCAAAAGCUCUCCUUAUCUUUGGUUACCACCUUUUUCACUGAUAGGGCACUUGAGCUAUUGGCACCUGUACAGUAGGCAGAAAGUCCGACAGUUGCAGGCGGGUUGCCUUUUGUCUGUCUGCCACCCACAGAUCAGUGCAGCAGUAGGGGAAUCAUAGAACUGUAGAGUUGGAAGGGACCCUGAGGGUCAUCUAGACCAACCCCCAGCAAUGCAGGAAUCUUUUGCCCAACAUAGAGCUCAAACCCACGACUCUGAGAUUGAUAGAGUCUCGUGCUCUGCCGACUAAGGGAAAACUGAAUCUGUUAAAAGAAUCUGGCCACAGCAAAGGUGACAAGCUUCCCUUAAACACAGCAAUGUGAGAUGCUUUGGAUUUAAUUUCUCUCCUUCUUCCCUCUUCCCCUAAAUCAAGCAAAGGAAAAAUGGUCAAAGAAGCUGGGAACUGGGGGGAAAAAUUGACCUACUUUAAAAGCUGGUGAAAUCCAAAAGGAGUGGCCUUCCAAAGUAUAUAUUGCCUCUGAGGAAUUUAAGCACAGACCUCAGUGGAUGGAGUGCCCGAUUCUGCCUCUGGCUUUUUGGGGAUGGGAGGCUGGUCAGUUAGGUGGGAAUGCAAAGUCAAGAAUCAUGAAUUCGGAUCGUGUGCAGCCCAUCCCACACCCCUUGCAAAUAAGCAGUCACCAAAUGUAGUGGUAUAGUGGUACAUUUUAAAGUUCAGGGCUCUUCCCGAGAACCCUCCUAAGAACAUAACAAGGAAAAUGUAUAUUUGAGCAAUAUAGACUUAAAAAAAAUAAUAAUUAACUGCUUAUUUUAAAGAUUUGUUGCAUAGUACAUAUUAUGGAAUGCAGUAACAAAAGCAAUAGAACUACAGUGGUACCUCGGGUUAAGUACUUAAUUCGUUCCGGAGGUCCGUACUUAACCUGAAACUGUUCUUAACCUGAAGCCUGAAGCCCCACUUUAGCUAAUGGGGCCUCCCGCUACCGCUGCGCCGCCAGAGAACGAUUUUUGUUCUCAUCCUGAAGCAAAGUUCUUAACCUGAAGCACUAUUCUGGGUUAACGGAGUCUGUAACCUGAAGCGUAUGUAACCUGAAGCUUAUGUAACCCGAGGUACCACUGUAUAACAGUGCACAUCAAUUGCUCAAAGGAAGUAUGAGAGCCAGUGUGGUGUGGUGGUUAGAGUACUGGGCUAGGAUCUGGCAGACCAGAGUUCAAAUCCCCACUUGGCCAUGAAGCUCAUUGAGAGACCUUGGACCAGUCACUGCCUCUCAGCCUAACCCACCUCACAGGGUUGUUGUGAGGAUUAAAUGAGAUGGAGGAGAACUAGCUCAGUUGUUUAGAGCGUGGUGCUGAUAAUGCCAAGGUUGUGGGUUCUAUCCCCAUAUGGGCCACUUGCAUAUUCCUGCGCUGGAGGUGUCAUAAUUUCUUCAUACUUUCCCCAACCUGGUGCCCUCUAGGUGCUGACUGCGGCUGAUGGGAGUUAUAGUUCAGAGCACCUACACAGUGCACCCAGUUGAGUUGCAUUCCCUAGACGGAGAACUUUGAGUGACACAACGCGAAGUGAAGCUUUGCUUUUCAGGCUGGUUUGACUGAAAAGAGAAGGGAUGGGGGAGGGAGACACACACACACGGAGUUGAUCUUGGAGCAAACAUUUAGAGCACCUUUUUAAUUAAAGGGGUGCAAGCAAAGUGGGGGUGGGUGGAGGAGAGAGGGAGAAAGAUCAACAAAGACUUUUAACUUGUUAAAACAAAGUUUCCUUGGUUUCAGCAGGGGAGGAAGGAAGGGAGGAAGGAAACAAGAAUAAACAGCUUCAAGAAUUUUAAUAGUGAUAAUUAAGUAUAGUAACGAUGAAUUGUUUGGAGGCUUAGUGUAACCUUAUCCGCGGCGCUCCCAAGUUCCUACUUGUUUGAUUUGAUCCACUCAACCUUGGGUUAUUUUUGAGGGCAGUUUCGGUGUUUCAGGAAAGGGAAGGGGAGCAGUGAAUGGCGCUUGGAUCUGCAAGGACAUGAAACAAAGGGAAAUGGGGCUAGUGUGAAGUUCGGUGAGGGGCCACCAUAUCUCAAGAGGCCUUGCAAGCAGAAGAUCCCACAGGUUCAACCUCUGGCACAGCCAGAUUUCUUUUUUUAGUUGAUGAAAAGGUCUAUGGUAGUGAGGGUCACCAACGUGAGUGCCUUUUAGACAAAUUCAUGGAGAAUAUAUGAACAUAAGAAAAGGUCUCCUGGAUCAGGCCAAUGGCCCAUCUAGUACAGCAUCCUGUUGUCACAGGGGCCAACCACAGCACAUAGUUAACCUAUGGAACUCUUCCACAGGAGGCUGUGAAGGCAAACCAACCUUAAUGGCUUGAAAAGGGGAUUGGACAUAUUCAUGGAGGGGAAGGCUAUCAGUAGCUACUAGCUAUGAUGACUGUUUUCUGCCUUUACAUUAAUGCUUCCAAAUGCUGGCAGGGGUGGCAACAUGAAUAAACUAUUGGGGGGGGUGCCAUUGGUAAGCCCUGCCCCGCAUAAUUGAUCACAAGACGCGGCACACUCCCCCCAUUUGAAUGGUGAUACCCAUCAACCGGGGGGGGCAGCCCCCUCAAAUAUUUUAUGGGGAGGGCUGAAGGGACCUUGGAGCCUAGGAGGUGGCUCCUAUGGUUGCUGGAAACCACAGGAGGGGUCCUUGUGCUCAGGUCCUGCUUGUGUGUUUCCCAUUAGGGCUUCUGGCUAAGCAGGCUCUCUGUACUUCUCCAUCAUCUCAGUUCAAGGGCAAAGGAAUGGGUUGUGGAGCUGUGCUGCUGAGGGGCGUGGCCUGGGAGAGGGGGUGAGUUCUGAGGACCAAUGAGAGAGGCCUGCGGGGCCUCAUUUGCCCUUAAGUUUCCCAAUUCCUGCCAUAUCCCGUUCCAGCGUACUUAACCAGUCUGCCUUUCACGCAUAGCUGCCAACCGUCCCUUAUUUGGUGGGAAACUCCCUUAUCCCAGUGCCGUGUCCUGCUGCUGUCCCUUAUUGAUGAUGUCCCUUAAUUUCCUGGGUUUCAAAGGAAGCAGCUCCUCUCCCUCCCUCCUUGCUGGCCAGGGAGGAGGGAGGCUCCAACUGUGUUGCUUGGCUGUGUUGCUCACCCAAUAAGGAGUCUAAGAAUGACUAGGGGGUGGAGUUUGCAUGCCUUGUGCCAAUCAAAUCGGCUGCAUUGCCUGGGGACUCGCUUUUGCUCAGCGCUUCCCAGCGGAGAGGUGACGGUGGUUUUCCUUGCUGCAUCCCUUUUGCCGGGUUGAUGCGCUGUGGGAACCACCGCUUGAGGCUUCGUUUGGCUGCUGGCUGGGCUUUCUGCCUUUGGCUCGGAGGGGCUCAGAAGCUGAACAUACCUGUGGUGGGAAAAUCCCUUAUUUUGGCUGCUGAUCCCUUAUGUUUGAGGCUGCUGGUCCCUUAUUUUCAAAUCUGUAAGUUGACAGCUAUGCUUUCACCUGUGUUGUCUUCUGGGAGAAUUGAGCCAACUUCCUUGAUCCAGCAAGCCAUCCUAUCGAGUGCUCCCAAGAACAACCCCCUAACUCCAUGCUUCCCAGUUGCUGUUACCAUUUUCCACUUGUCCCUUAACCUCUCUGUCACCCUUCCCGCUUGGGGACUGAUUUCUCUGGAGCAAAUAGCGCAUCCGUCUCCACCUUCCAGCCCCGGCCUGCGUGAGGAACCUUCUCCAUUUUUGCUCCAGGUGGGUUGUGUAACCAGUAGUGGGAUUUGCUUGCUUGUGUGGCUUCACAAAGAGGGCAACAUGUACAUUGACCCCUAGAAAGGGCAUGGCAGGACUUUAAAGAACGAUAAGGAUUUGGUUUUGAAAUGAAAGCUUUUUUGUGUGCCAGCGUAUUUUGUGUUUUGAGUGAGCGGCAACUUAGGUUUCAGAGUCUUUGCAAAUAAGAUGCCUGUCUUCUAGGAAAUAACCCUUGUCUUUUCUCUUACUUUUGCUUCUAGAUCUUUCAGAUUCCACCUUGUCGUACACUGAAACAGAGGCUACAAACUCGCCCAAUGUCACCCCUGGAGAAUUUUCAGGUUAGCAGAUUUUUCAGUGCGUUGAAAUCAAGGGACUCUUUGGGGCAACUUUGUCAGACUCAGUGUUAGAAACUCUCUCUUGGGAAAUAUAAUCCAGGAAGUUGAAAUGCUCAUUUGAAUAUGGGAAAUGAAGGGGUGAUGGUUGUGUAUAUCAAAGGGACCUUUCCCAGGGCUUCGUAGCCUCAGAAUUUUAUCCAAGAUAUGUGGUAAUGGUUUUGCUUGCCAUGGAAUAGAAAGAGAAAAUUAAGGCAUAGGUGUGGUACACACCUAAAAGUAGUGUAGGAGGCUCCAUGAAUUGCAGUUAUUGGGGGGGGGUCAGGAUCUCUUAAUAUGGGUUUGAACUCCAUCACUAAACCUCUGGCCCCAGGGCUCCCUAUGGAAUGUUGUGGCACUUAAAAUGGUUUAAAAGCAGUUUACUCUUGCAGUGUAGGCCAGUGUCCGUGAACCUGUGGCCUUCCAGCUGUUGCUGGGCCAUUUACAUUAUUUCUGACCAUUGGCCAUCCUAUAGAAUCACAGAAUUGUAGAGUUGGAAGGGAUCCCAAGGUUCAUCUAGUCUGACCCUCUGCAGUACAGAAAUCUCAAUUAGAUCAUACAUGGCAGAUGGUUGUCCAGCUCUGCUUAAAAACCUCCAAGGAGGUCUUCCUCCUUCCACUGCCUUACAAGAGAGUCUGUUCCACUGUCGAACAGUUCUUAGCAUCAGAAAGUUUUUCCUGAUGUUUAGAGAAUCUCCUUUACUGUAACUUGAAGACCUUGGUUUGGGUCCUAGCCUUCGGAGCAGGAGAAAACAAGCUUGCUCCAUUCUCCAUGUGACAGCCCUUUAGAUAUUUGAAGACUGCUAUCGUUACCUCCCUCAGUCUACUCAUUUUCAGGCUAAACAUGCCCAACACCCUCAGUGGUUCCUCAUAAGGCUUAGUUUCCAGACCCUUGAUCAUCUUGGUCACCCACCUCUGCACACGUUCCAGAUUGUCCAUAUCCUUUUAAAAUUGUAGUGCCCAGAACUGGACUCAGUACUCCAAGUGAAGUCUGACCAAGGCAGACCAGAGCCAGGACUACGACUUUCCUUGAUCUGGACACUAUGCAUCUGUUGAUGCAACCCAGAAUAGCAUUAGCUUUUUCCGCUGCUGCAUCACACUGCUGGCACAUGUUACGGUUGUGGUCCACUAAGAUCCCUAGAUCCUUUUCAUAAGUACUAUUGGCAAUCCAGGUGUCCCCCAUCUUAUAUUUGUGCAGCUGGUUCUAAUCACACCUGGAAGGCCACAGAGUUGCUAAUAUGGGUAUUUACUGGGGGUGGGGCAGUUAAUCUAGAGUUGAGAAUCCUUUAUCUACCCAGUUUUGUUUCAUAAUCAGUGCAUGCCCUCUAAGUAUCUCUGCAAAUGGAGCUUUGUUUGUAUGUUUCCAUUUAUCUGAUUAUCUGUUUCUUCAAACAAAUUGUCAUAAAUAUUGGGAACUAAUCUUGGCUCGAAUUUUAAAGUGGAAAUGAUCUAGUUUUCCAUGGAGCACGAUGGAGUUCUGUGUUGCUGUAACAAAAAAAAUGUCCCUGCCAUGUGAAUUGCUGUUAUAUUUUCCUAAUUUGGUGUCAGUUGGAAGUUUCUCUUGCACCAUAUUGCUGGCUUGGGGAAAAGAAGAAAGAGAACGUGCGGUCGCUGGGACAGUCUGUCUGCUCCAUCGGGCAACCGGUUGUUCCCAUUGCAAAUGAUCUCUCCUGUUUUGCAGGACUUGGUUUGCCCAAGGGAAACUUGGAUAAUCAAGUUCUCAUACUCCUCUUGCUAUUUGUUGUGGAACUCCAAGUUUCACGUUUUAAUUAGUCCUGGCUACUGCUUUUGAAAAUGUGCUUCAUACAUUGCCCACUCUUUCAAUUUCCCAUAGUUUUUUGAGCCAACAGCAAGCCAUAAACAAGUUUGCUGAGACCAGGAAGUAUAGUAUUUCUUGGUUGCCUUCCUAAUGUGGUAGGGUGGGAGUUUGCCUUCUUCCAGCCCGAUGCCCUGCAGAUGUUUUAGGCUACAACUCCUUGUACCCCUGACAGUUGUCUGUGCUGGGUGGGACUCAUGGCAGCUGCAGACCAAAGUAUAUGGAGGGCACCAAGCUGAGGGAGCAUGAUUUAGAGACCUGUUUCGAAAGAAGCAAAGGAAAAUAGGAUGGCCAUGGUGGCAUGGUUGUAAUCAGACCAGAUUGACAAUAGUGGGCUUUUUGGAAGACUCCCAUCAUUUUCUUCUGAAGAUUUGUUUAUUCAGAAAUGCGCACAUCCUGCUUUCUCUCAAGGCAAGCAGAAAAAAGAUGAUAAUCACAUCCGAGUAGUUGACAAAUGGCAGUCCUUAUGGCCAGGUUUUACUCACUGGCCACGGACCUUCUCCUGGCUACUGUGGCUUGUUGUUGUCGAAUACUCAACUGGUUUAAUUUUGGUUUGGUUUGAUUUAAUGUUUGUGUUCUGCUUUUCCAACAACAAGUGUUGAGCUUGCAACAACCACGGUGGCAUUAAAAGAGCAACAAGCAGGGCAAUCACUAUGAUAUUAAACACAGUAGCAUGUAAGUAAAGCAAACGACGGCGUCAAAUUGCUCAAAGCAAUUAACACAAUUCAAUGAACCCCAUAGCUGGGGUUGAAAAUUUUGACUUCUUCUCCAUCUUCCUUUUGAAACAUGCAAGGAACCUUGACCCGGGACAGUAGUGACUUGAAGAUGCUUUGCAGAGUUGGGCAUGAAGGUGGCAAAUGUCCUCUCCUCAAAUGCUGCUGGUGUUGUUGUGGCUGUUUCAGCUGUGUCCCCUCAGAGCUGUGGUUGAGUAACUGACAUCUUGUUGCUCUUGAAGCAAAUUUGGCUAGACUUGAGACUUCCAAUUGCCGCUUUGUAACCUGCUAGAUCAAGGGACGUGGGUGGCGCUGUGGGUUAAACCACAGAGCCUAGGACUUGCCGAUCAGAAGGUCGGCAGUUUGAAUCCCCACGAUGGGGUGAGCUCCCGUUGCUCGGUCCCUGCUCCUGCCAACCUAGCAGUUCGAAAGCACGUCAAAGUGCAAGUAGAUAAAUAGGUACCGCUCCGGCAGGAAGGUAAACGGCGUUUCCGUGCGCUGCUCUGGUUCGCCAGAAGCGGCUUAGUCAUGCUGGCCACAUGACCCGGAAGCUGUACGCCGGCUCCCUUGGCCAGUAAAGCGAGAUGAGCGCCGCAACCCCAGAGUUGGCCACGACUGGACCUAAUGGUCAGGCGUCCCUUUACCUUUACCCUAUUAGAUCAGCAGCUCCCAAACUUUUUUGGGCCACCACCCCCUUGGUUCCCUGCUCUACCCUAUAAAAAAAGCUUUCAGAAUAGUGGUUUGCACAAUUCACUAAGGAAGAUAACAACACAAUGAAAUGCAAAGCAGUAACAAAUAAUUGCACAUUUAUUCGAAGUCCAAUUAACUAUUUAGUAUGCUUAACUAGGCCAGCAAAAUUAAUAACUUGAUCCAAUGCUAUUUCAAAGUCUGAUGGUCAUUUGUACAUCCAGAGCCCCCCUGCCACCUCCUUGCCUCUUAGUGCCCUGCUAGGUAAUCCCUGCCUCGGGGGGGGGGGUGCCACCCAAUUUGGGCAUCACUAUGUUAGAGCAAAAGGUCUCAGCCAUCCAUGCUGUGGGGUAGAGCUGUCUUCCUGACCACCAGUGUCACCAUUACUUACCUGGGCUAGGCAGGGUGGCACUGAGACACCGCAGUACUGACCUCCUUGGCACCAUCUAAGUCUGGAGCCGCAUUGCCAGCGUCAGGAAAGUGCCUCUGCCCUACCACACCCACCUUGCUGCUGGCAGAGUUUGAGGCCUAUUCUGGACACGGAAAAAACCUGAAGAUGGAACCGACUAAGGUUUCACUUGCGCGGUUCCCUCAUGAUUCAGCAGUAUAGGAUACGACAGCCAUCUUCAAAUACCCUAAAGGACUGUCAUGUAGAAGAUGGAGCAAGCUUGUUUUCUGCUGCUACAGAGGGAUUCAAAUGACCACAAAGGAGAUUCUGAAUAAACCUUGGAAGAACUUUCUGAGGGUAAGAGCUGUUUGACAGUGGAACGGAUUCCGUGAGAAAAUGGUGGACGCUCCUCCAUUGGAAGUUUUAAAGUAGAGGUUGAAUAGUCAUCUGCUAGGGAUUCUUUAGCUGUGAUUCCUGCACUGCAGGGGGUUGGACUAGGUGACCCUUGGGUCCUUUCCUAUUCUAUGAUUCUGUCAGGAAACAACCCAGGAAAUCCAGGGUUUUCCUCUGCCCUCUUUGUCCUCUUGGUGCUAAAUCCGAGAGUGGGGAGGAAGUGUUGGGAGAUCAUGGACGAAUUUGAUUCUGACAUGCAGGAAUUUGAGAUAUUUCUCCAGCCCCACAACCCAGGAAGGAGAGCUGGCAUUUGGAUUGGGGCUUGGCCUAUAUUGGCUUGUGACUCAGAUGUGGAACUUCAGUAAAUAUAGCUUCUGACCACCGGGCCAAAGGCUCGCAUAUGAAUUUUCAGCAUGAAAACUUCGGAGCUUUCAGUUCUAAAAUAAUGUCUUGGAAUGAUCCAUUUCCACAUACAGCCCGCUCUUUAAAUAAACCGCAGAUGAAAACACACAAUAGCUGUGAGCUUCCAGGGGGAAGGUGGCGGAUUAGAUUCUGUGGUAUCUGAGCCCUGCGUUGUUGACGGGAGAAGAAAGCGGGUUUAAACUUUUCUUUGGGAACAAAAUAACGAUCACUUUGUGACCAAGAUUGUAGUGUAACUGGAUAUUCCCAUCUCCUACUGUGGAAUUUCAAGUGGCGCAACUCUUCAUAAGAGUGUAAUGUGGGCUAUUUAUCUUUUCCCCAGUGGGGAGGAUUACAUAUAUAUAGGAUAAGAGACAAGCUGAAGUUAACCCUGAGCAUGCCAUACUUGAGCAACGUCAGUGGAGUUCAGCCUCUGGCAGGAGUGACUGGCCUGGUGUGGCCCCAUGUAUGCCCCUUUAAGAACUUGGGAUACAAGCCCUGUGGGAUCAGGCUAGUGGCCCAUCUAGUCCAGCAUCCUGUUCUCACAGUGGCUGACCAGAAGCCCGAAAAGGAAGCCCACAGGCAGAAUCUGAGCCCAAGACCCCUCUCCCCUCCUGUGUUUUCCAGCAACUGGUAUUCAUAAACAUUUCUGCCUCUGACUGUUGGAGGCAGAGCAAUAGCCAUCGUGGCUAGUAGCCUCAAUGAUAGCCCCUUAGGCAUUCAUGAAGCAAGGAAAAAGGCAUCAUGAAAUCCAAUGAAUUUAUUUAUUUAGUUGGAGCGUCUCCACCCCCAUCGUUCUGCCCGGACACUGAGGUCUAGUGCCGAGGGCCUUCUGGUGGUUCCCUCACUGCGAGAAGCCACGUUACAGGGAACCAGGCAGAGGGCCUUCUCGGUAGUGGCACCCGCCCUGUGGAACGCCCUCCCGCCAGAUGUCAAAGAGAAGAACAACUACCGGACUUUUAGAAGACAUCUGAAGGCAGCCCUGUUUAGGGAAGCUUUUAAUGUUUAACAGACUACUGUGUUUUAAUACUUUGUUGGAAGCCGCCCAGAGUGGCUGGGGAAACCCAGCCAGAUGAGCGGGGUAUAAAUAAUAAAUUAUUGUUAUUAUUAGUUGUUGGUUGCAUUUAUAAUUCCACCUUUUCUCCCAGGAGCUCCCCUCCCUCCUCAUUUAAUCCCUGCAACAACCCAACGAGGUAGAUUAGGUUGAGAGGCAGUGACCUUGGGGGUCACGCCCAGUGAGCUUCCUGGCAUGGUGGGGAUUUGAACCCCGAUCCUCUGUGUCCUAGUCUUGACACUCCCAACUACUGGCUUUCAGGCGGGGCAGGUGCUAGCAGGUCCUUCAUCCAAGCACUGGUUUGAGUUCAGCAAGGUCAUGUGCAUCCAAACCAGAUUGAGGGAGAGAGGAACCUUUUCCAGCCUGAGAGAUGCAUUCUCUUCUGGGCAUACUUCAGGCGGGGAGAAAUCACAUGCCAGUGGGUGGGGGGAGUGGCAAAGUGGGUGGGGCUAUGGAUGUAAAUUUUCUCCUGCAGGACACAUUCAAGCCCGGGAAAAAGCAAUCAAGGAUGGUGUCAUACAAGGCUGGGGAGGGUGUGUGGCCCCCAAAGAGUUCUGAGGGCCAGAUGGAAUGGCAUUGAGGGCCACAUUCAGACCCCGGGCCCGAGGUUCCAUUCCAAAGAACAUGCCCUUUUAUUUAGAUUUCUGGCCUGUCCUCUAUUGCAGCCUUUCUCAACCUGUGGGUCCCCAGAUGUUGAACUACAACUCCCAUCACCCCUAGCUAGCAAGGCCAGAACUCAGGGAUGAUGGGAGUUGUAGUCCAACAACAACUGGGGACCCACUGGUUAAGAACCACUGCUCUAUUGGUUCAGGCAGCUCACAGCAAUAGCACGAAUAUGAAAAUGAUUGAAACAGGAGCUGUACAAAACCAGAGCACAGCGCUGCAGCAGAAUGACCACCAACCCAGUUGCUGGAAACCACAGGAGGGGGUAGGACUCUUAUUCUUAGAUGCUGCCUGAAGGUUCCCCACAGGCAUCUGGUUGGCUACUGGGAGAUCAGGAUGCUGGACUAGAUGGGCUGUUGGUGUGAUCCAGCAGGGCUGUUCUUGUGUUAAUCCAUGUGCAGCAGGCCCCCUCCUGUCGACCCCUUCCGAAAGCCUGGUCAGAUAAAUAAAUACAGUCGUACCUCUGCUUAUGUAUCCCUUUGGAUAUUUAAACUUCGGGUUGCGAACAUGGCAAACCUGGAAGUGUAUACUUCUGGGUUUCACCGUGCGCGCAUGCGCAGAAGGGCACCUCCGGUUACGAACUUUUUAGGAUACGUCCGGGCCUCCAAAACAGAUCCUGUCUGUAACCAGAGGUACCACUGUAUGUCUUUAACUAGUGUUGAAGGUUGAAUAACAGCUGUACCAGCCUCAUAAGAGGGAGAGAGCUCGUUUCAUAGAUGUUCCAAUGGAUGGGAUGCUUUUAAAGUACUUCUCUUUCCUCUUGGUUUUAAUGUAUCUCUGUGGGGUUUAUUGUCCGUUGAUGUUUGGUUGUAAUGUGAGUCGCUUUGGGUGGCAAAGCAGAACUGACAAAUUUAAUAAAUAAGUUAAAUCAAUCAAUCAUGUAGAAGCCCCUGUCUCAAAAGGAGAAGUCCCCUAAUGAUGACACAAUAUGAAAGGGCCUUUAUGAGAGGAGGAAGGAGGCCUCUUUGUUACAAGCGGUUGCAUCUCUGCCCUAUGCUUAUUUAAAGGGUGUAUAUUUCCCUCCUUGGGCUUCCCCUUCAUUUCAUGUUAUUUGGCCUUUCUAUCUCUGCAUACCCUUUUACAAUCAGGCUAAAAAGUCUUCUUGACAAGGUAACGUGUCCGUUGCCAAAAAGUAGUACUUAGAAGCGCCAAAAAAAAAAAAAAAAAGGCAUGGUGCUGGGGGAAGAGGGAAGAGUAAGCAAAGAAAGUAGCUGGGGAUACUUCGUUCAGAUGUUUUUAUAUUAAACAUUUUUCCCUCUAUGGACCUAUUUUGCCGAUGGGAAAUAAAAGGGCAUUUCUUUUCCAGUACGCUUCCAAAAAAAGUAAAAAUUCUUUGCCCCUUGUGGGCGCUUUCCCCAUAUGGCCCAAACGAUUCCAUAAACCUUUUUGGAUGAAAAUCGCAGAGCGACAGCAUGACUGAGCAAUUUUGUUGCUUUAUAAAAAAUAAUAAUAAAGGAGGGGGAGAAUCUCCUUCCCCUUCCCUCCAAGAAUACAUUCCUUCCCUUUGUUUUCACAAAACGUUUAACCCUCUUUGGAGCUCCGGGCAAAAGUGACUUCUCAGGCCUCCAAAGUCUUUUCUCUCUGAUGAGAAAAAAAUUCAACCAAGGCAGUGGGGAAAAGUGUUAAUUUCCAAGAGGGUUGCUGUUUUUAUUCUUGCGGUUCAAAACAAAAACAAAAAUCUGUUAUUGUGGUGUAAGCUUUCCCAGAAUCCUGAAAAGUGUGGAGCCAGAAGAAUAUAAGAUGUUCCUGAUGGACCAGGCCAGUGGCCCAUCUAGUCCAGCAUCCUGUUCUCACAGUGGCCAACCAGAUACCUGUAGGAAACCUGCAAUCAGGACCCAAGCACUAGAGCGCUCUCCCCUCCUGCGGUUCCAGCAACUGGUAUUCGGAAGCAUUGUUGCCUCUGAUUGUGGAAGCAGAGCAUAGCCAUCGCGGCAAGUAGUCAAUAGUCCACCUCUCCUCCAUGAUCAGACGAUGUUUGCACACUUCUCAAGCAAGAACAACAAAAGAUUGCCUGGGCCACAGGUGGGCUUACCUGAGGCCUUCAAGAUGUUGGAGGACGGCAGCUCCCAUCAACCCAGAGCAUUGGCCAUGCUGUGUGGGAUUGAUGAUGAUGAUGAUGAUGAUGAUGAUAAUGUUGUUAUCGUUUAGUCGUGUCUGACUCUUCGUGACCCCAUGGACCAGAGCACGCCAGGCACUCCUGUCUUCCACUGCUUCCCGCAGUUUGGUCAAACUCAUGCUGGUAGCUUCGAGAACACUAUCCAACCAUCUCGUCCUCUGUCGUCCCCUUCUCCUUGUGCCUUCCAUCUUUCCCAACAUCAGGGUCUUUUCCAGGGAGUCUUCUCUUCUCAUGAGGUGGCCAAAAUAUUGGUUUCACCUCAGAUCGUAUAAAUCUUUCGCCUUUUACAAAAUAUUGGAGCCUCAGCUUCACGAUCUGUCCUUCCAGUAAGCACUCAGGGCUGAUUUCCUUCAGAAUGGAUAGGUUUGAUCUUCUUGCAGUCCAUGGGACACUCAAGAUGAUGAUGAUGAUGAUGAUGAUAAUAGUAACAACAACAACAAUAAUUUAUUAUUUAUACCCCGCCCAUCUGGCUGAGUUUCCCCAGCCACUCUGGGCGGCUCCCAACCGAGUGUUAAAAACAAAACAGCAUUAAAUAUUAAAAACUUCCCUAAACAGGGCUGCCUUCAGAUGUCUUUUAAAGAUAAGAUAGCUGCUUACUUCCUUCACAUCUGAAGGGAGGGCGUUCCACAGGGCGGGCGCCACUACUGAGAAGGCCCUCUGUCUGGUUCCCCGUAACCUCACUUCUCGCAGUGAGGGAACAGCCAGAAGGCCCUCGGCGCUGGAUUUCAGUGUCCGGAGCUGCCGUCCCAUCAACAAUGAAGAGCUGGUCUAGAGCAAAAAGCUAAAUGUGACUUGCCCUCGAAUAGCCUUCUCUUGGCUGUGUGUCCUCCAGGCACCAGGUUGGGGAAGGUAGACCUAGGAGGUAGAGCCACUACUGGACCCUCUCUUAGAUGUUGUUCUUGUGCUCCAAGCUCCACUGAUGGGGCAGGGGGCUUUGAAACGUACCCUAAGAACCUUACAAGAGCCCUGCUGGAUCAGGCCCAUCCGGAGGGCACCAGAUUUGGGGGCUGGGGGGAGUGCAUUGGUGAAUUGGACCAGCAGGGGAGGGGCUGCCACCACCCACAAUAGUGAAACAUGCUUUUGCUUAUGAAGUGGACCAAUCUCCUGUCAGAGAGGUGGUUUAUAAAAGUGGUCAGUUGGGAAGAUGAAUUUGCCUGGAACCACAUUGGUUUGCUUUUUGGGGUGGGGGAGAAUGAUGGUGAUGAUGGCAACAGUCUGUUUCUACACUGAUUUUUUUGUCUGAAGGCUCUCCAAGCAGUAAGGGCUGCAGCUCAUGGCUCCAGCAUCUGUUUUGCAUGCAGAAGGACCUCUGCCACCUUCAGGUAGAUCUGGGAAUUACCCCUUGUCUGAAACUCGACAGAGCUGAUAACCAAUGGGCUCAGCUGAUUCAGGAUAGCGCAGCUUCCACUGACCCCGCAAUCCCAAAGCCAGUGAACUGUAUCUUAAAACCUCAUCAUAAGCCAAUCAGCAGUCAAAUCCACGCUAGCUGGCAAGAUCACCGCACAGGAGGGCUAGGAGAGGCCCUUUGCCAAGAUAGUGUGUUAAAAGGUGCUUCAUUAAUCAUGGAUCCCACGUCCUUGAGGACUAGAAGCCUGAGCAGACUAUGAGAAAUACUAAAAAACACACUCAAAAAACCCUAAUAGAAUAAAAGGUGCCCUCCCAGGCCAACUCCCUACCCCAUGCUUUUAGGCAAGUAAAGGCACAGAGCAGGGCUGGGGAACGUUCAUUUCUGGCCAGCCUUCCAAGGGCCACAUGCAAGCUAGUAGUGAGUGGAGCCAGAGGCUAAAGUGCUUGGAGCAGACGAUAGAACCAGAGACUUCCAAUCUCAGAGUUGUGGGUUCGAGCCCCAUGUUGGGUGAAAGAGUCCUUCAUCACAAGGGGUUGAACUUGAUGAGCUUUGAGGUCCCUUCCAAUUCUACAACUCUGUGUUUCUGUUAUUCUACUUCUGUGAUUGUACACACCGUCACACCUCUCUUCUCCAUCCGGACAACCAAGAGGCAAUAUGGGAGCUGAAGGAUGUACAGUGGUACCUCGGGUUAAGUACUUAAUUCGUUCUGGAGGUCUGUUCUUAACCUGAAGCACCACUUUAGCUAAUGAGGCCUCCUGUUGCUGCUGCGCCGCCGAAGCACAAUUUCUGUUCUUAUCUUGAAGCAAAGUUCUUAACCUGAAGCACAAUUUCUGGGUUAGCGGAGUGUGUAACCUGAAGUGUAUGUAACCCGAGGUACCACUGUAUAUCCUGCUAGGAUAAAACACUCAGGGUGAAAAGUGGGGUCACAGUGAGGGGGUGUCAUGACAAAAGUUCCAAGGGCCAGAUAGAAAGGCAUGGGGGCCACAUUCAGUUCCUGCAUCUGAGGUCCCUCCACCCUUGUCCUAGGGGUAUAUACGCGUUUGCUGGUCCAAGUUUGUUUUCUUUUAUCGUGCUUAAGAACCAGGUCAGUAAUAUAGGAGAAACUCUUGAGUUCUUCUGGAGACCUGUGGAGAGAAGUUAUUUAGAGUUACAGUAACUCUCCCCCCCCCAUUCCGCCCCAUCCCUCUGCCGCUUUGAUGAGGGGGAGGCGUUUAUAAGCCUUCCCUCCAAACUCUGUGACCAAGGUUUUUCCACGGAAAUAACUUAUUAAACGCACGGCUCUCAUUGAAGCGAUUGAAGUCUGCCCGCUUGGUAUUCAUCAAAGGUGCCUCCUCUUCCUGGAGGUGCCAAAUCCAAACUCAGCAAUUUGCUUUUUUGGAGAAAGCUCGGGUCUCAGGAGGGGGGGAGGGGGGCCCCUGGUUGGAGAGUCAGAGAUGGCGGAAGAAUACCUUUAAAAAAAAAAAGGCAGAAAAUCAAAACCCUCCCAAAACAAACUGAAGGGAGAGAACUUCAGAGAAACACCCAUAAUUUCAAAGAAUUUCUGGCGGUUGAAUCCUGCUGCCCUGGAACACUGGGCAUUUGUGUCGAUUCGGCUCUUGAGAAUACAGCGUUGGCCGUUCCUGGUUCGGCUGCCGACAGCUUUGAACUUUUCAGGAACCUGGCCUGAGACUGUUCCGAUUCUUUUCUCAUCCCCCCUCCUCUCUAAUUAGAUGUAAAAUCAUAGAAUUGGAAAUCACAAGAGUUGGAAAAGGGCCCAAGGGUCAUCUAGUCCAACCCCAGCAAUGCAGGAAUUGCAACUAAGGAAUCCUGAGAGAGUCCAUUCCGCUGUUGGAACAGCUCUUGCCAUCAGAAAGCUCUUCCUAAGGUUGAGUUGGAAUCUCCUAUCUUUCCAUUUGAAUUCGUUGUUUUGGGUCCUGCACUCUGGAGUAGCAGAAAACAAACUUGCUCCAUACACCACAUUACAGCCCUUCAGAGAGAGAGGGAACACAAAAAAGCUGAAAGGUUUGCAGUGAGAAAAUUUGCAUUACCAAGCUAGAAAUGUGUUAUGCAAAUCUAUAAAAUGUACAGAGCAACCUGCUAUUUGCAUUUGCGGAGAUGGAGCAACACAGCCUUCAGCCGGACCCCGGGACACCAGCCCACCAUCAACCCUGCGUUUCCAUUUGCUGUAUUCACACACACACACUUCGUUAUUUCAGUUUUUUAAAUAAAGAAUCAGAGAAUGGCUCAUCUGAAAAAAGGUAUAUACCUAAAGAGAGCAUGAGAAGGAGGGAGGUCUGCUUAAACCUUUUCCAGAUGAGGAAAAAUUCCACUUCUGAGGGUGGUGGUUUGAUGGAUAGAAAUGUGUCAAACUGAUGUUUAGCUUUUGUGUCAGGACAAAAGUACUUUGCAUAGAAAGCCUUUCUUAGACUCCAUCCCUGCCCGCUUACAAAUGUCUGGAUCUGAAUGGCCAUAGCAGUCUCUUGUUUGGGAAACAAGCAUUUCUAUGUGCCCAUUGGUGAUGCAAAGAAGAUUUAAGUAGGACAUACAGUACCAUGAGGUCUUACGCUUAUUCCACUUGCGCAGUUAAAGGCUGCUUGAAAUCCCACAACCAGCCAGUGCAUGGAGAUGGCUUUGCUCUCUCACCUCUUGCUGGGUUUGGGAUGCUCCUCAAAAUUUUGCAUGGGUGUGGGCAGCCCAGUGCGAUUUCGCAAGAGCAUCCUAGGAUUUCUGGAGCCGGUGUACCAGUUCUGAAAGCCCCCAGAUGUUUGCAUGGGGUUUGGGUUACUAGGCCUUUGAGUAUGCGUGUUUUUGUGUAUAUAUAGAACCCUUGGAACUGAAACACACACCCCCACGUAAUAUCGGGUCGUACUGUGCUAAGAUGCUGUACUGUGCAUUGCUUUCCUGGAUUUGAUUCAGAGGAAGGAAUGCAGCCAUUGUGGAAGUUAUGAAGGAAGCUGCCUUAGACCAAGUCAGACAAUUGGUCCAUCUAGGUCAGCCUUCCCCACAACUAUGAGACUCUUAAUCUCAGGCUUGUGGGUUUGAACCCCAUGUUGGGCAAAAAGGUUACUGCGUUACAGGGUGGCUGGACUAGAUGACUCUAAAAUUCUACAAUUCUUGUGCCCUCCAGAUGUUUGGACUGCACCUCCCAAUAUCCCUUCCCAUUGGCCAUGCUGGCUGGUGCUGAUGGGAUUUGGAGGAAUGCGAUGCAUUGGCCACCUCAAUCGAGCUCAAGGGGGCUGUUUGCCUUCCGCGACUUUCGCCAUGCCUCCUGUUGUCUCGGCUGGGUUUGCCACUUGGACUUUGAAGCAAGGACUUUGAAGUCCAUGGCAUUUUGGAACACCCGGGUAUUAGAAGUGGCAGUGUGUGCCAAGCCAGGCCCAAGAUCGGGAGGCAGAUGGUUCAUGCCUAAUUUGCAUCAAGGAGAAGACAGUUUGGGAUGAUGUCGGCACAGUGGCUGGCUGUAGUCUUUCCUGUGGCUCUUUGUUCUUAGCUGGUUUGACAACCAAUGGGACCCUGCCUCUGAAGGCCCAGAGGCUAGGCUUGUGUUCAGAUCUUGAGCCUUAUUCAGCCAAGAACCAUCUGCCCACCUGUCUUGGAUCCACACUCCCCUUGGCAUCUCUUGAGCGAUGGCAGCCUUUCUUAUUUACCCAUAGCUUACCCAGAUACAUAGAAUGUAGACUUGCAUUUUCAUCGCUCUUCAGAGUUGCUUUUAAUUAUUAUUUUUUUAAAAUAUAUAUAUAUAUGCAUAUUUUUCUUCUUACAAAAUUCUACACACAUAAAUGUUUUAAAUUGUUGCUUUAAACUGCCUUUGCUGAUAAUAUUAUUGCUUUAUUCUUUUUGUAAACCACUUUCAUGUUUUCUUUUCUUUAAACAAUCAAACAGUGUAUAAAUUUUAUGAAAAAUAAAUCAAAACCUUAAACAUGGCACACAUGCACUUGCCCCAUGGCAUCCUGCCAAGUGGUCUGAGGGCACAUACAUUGGGUUGCGUUGCACACUUGCCUCCCUGGCACACAGUUGAAUGCAGCCUUCACCAACUUGGUAGCCUCUGGAUGUUAUGCACCUCAGCUUUAUUGAAUCUCCAAGAGGAGAAAGCCAUAAGUGUGAGCCAGGCCACUGUUUGCACCCCUCUAACGCAUCUCACUUGAAAGCAAAGCUUUUGUUGCUGGGGGCAGUUUUGAUUCCACUGAUGAAAGGGAUGUGCAAGGGAGUGACUCCCUCCAUUGGCAAGCUUACCUUGGUGCACACCUGGGGCUCUUAAGUUAGAAGUAGAACUCUACAUCUUUAUGUAGGAAAUGGUGGAAGCUGCAGAUGAGCAAAAGGGAGGGUUGUGCCCAGAAAAGCAUGGGUGGAAACUCCUGGUGUUAGGAACAUAAGAAGCUGCCCUCUGCUUGGGUCCCAUCUGCACUUUACAUCAUACCACUUGAAACAGUCAUGGCUUCCCCCAAGGAAUCCUGGGAACUGUACUUGGUUAGGGGUGUGGAGAGCUGUUAGGAGAGCCCCUCACCAAGCCACAGUUCCCAGAGUGGUUUAGCAAUCGAUCCUCCUUCUGGGAAUUUUAGCUCUGGGAGAGGACUAAGUCUCCUAACAAACCCUUAGCAAACUAUACAGCUCCUGGGAUUCUUUGGUGGAAGACACCAUGGUUUAAUGUGGUAUAAUAAUGCUUUAAGUGUCUAGUGUGGACAGAGGCACCAGUCAGACCAUGGAUCCCUGUAGUUGCUGUUGUCAGUUUUGACCAGCAGCAACUCUCCAGGGUUUUUAGUUCUUAGUCUUUCCCAACCCUAUCUGGAGAUACUGUGUGGGGUGAAAUCUGAGACCUUUUGCAUGCAAGGCUGAUGCCCACCCCCCUGAGCUACGGACCUUCACCCUGUUGGUUAGAGUUUCAUGCCCAGGAGAAGUCUGAAGAUGCUUUCCAAUGAGAUUCUAUGAUAGCUGGUGGAAGAAGUUCAUCUCCCCCCCCCCCUCUCUCCAUAGCAAAAAAAGGUUAAGACCAACCACUUCCUACAGGCUUUGCUUUCAAACUUGGACAGGCUGAGGAAGUGCAUUCUGAAAUCUGAAAAGUGUUUUAUGAAUCCGCUGGGAAUGCAAAGCGGGGGGGGGGGGAGGAUAGCAGUCACUAGCCCCCUUUUCAAUAGAAGAGGGCUCUGUAUUCUACUGACUGCCAAACAUUUAUGGGAUUGGCCCAGUGCCGGCCAAUUGGCCAGCUCCGGCAGGCUGUGUCCUUCCGCUUUCUUGCUUUUGGAAGUAAUUUGUGUUUUCAAAAUAAUAAAUAAAGUGAACCUUGUUUUACAGUUGGGAAAUGCUGUUGGCUGUAGCUUGCCUUUCCGCCUCAGAGCAGGGUGUGUUUUCCCCUUUCGGUUUGCUUUUUUAUUUAGCAAACGCCAUUGUUGUGGAAAAUGUUGGGGGCAAUGGGCUCACUGUUUUCCAGGAAUGGUUUCCAAGACUCGGAUCUUCCUUAUCCCCGGGUGACAGCACAUGCAAUUUCUGGAUCCCCAUGCCACCAUGCCCAUGAUAUGGUUGGGGCGAGAGCUGCCCUUAGAGCUAGGAACCUAGAGAGCUGCCUUAUAUCGAGGCAGGCCAUUGGUCCAUCUAGCUGAAUAAAGUCCAUGCUGACUGGAAGCAGACUUUCAGAUGAAAUGGAUCCCAGCAUACCAGAAGAUGCUUGAUACUGACCUGAGGACUUCUUCAUACAAAGCACCUAGCACAAUAUUGUCUACAGCAGAAGUAGCCAAGAUUGCACCCUCCAGAUAUUGUUGGACUACAACUCCCAUCAGCCUUAGCCAGCAUGGUCAGGGAUGAUGGGAGUUGUAGUCCAAUAAGAACAGGAGGGCACCUCAUUAGCUGGCCGGCAUUAACUUUGGUGGGUUCAGGCAACUAGUAUUCCCAGCCCUGCCUGGAGGUUCCAAAAGGUUUCUGCAUGCAAAAGUAUGGAUGGUCCUUCCCCCAGAGUUGGAUGGAUGUCAUUCUCAACAAAGGUCUCUUAGAUAAGGCAUGAGGAAUGUUUGCCUACCUUAUGCUUCUCUCCAGACUUUGAUGUCUCGGUGUCUUCUCUUCUUGCUCUUCUCCACUGGUGUCCCCUCGCCCCUUGUUUCCUGUUUGUGGACCACUGGUAGCUCACGGACAACAGUGAAAGCACUGUUAAGCACCACUGUUGUUAUGGGUAUCGCGACACAAAUGGCACUUGUCUGAAAACAGUCACAGUAUUUUCCUUGGAAACACUGAUUAAGCAUUCCCUGUUAAGACACCCCCAAUUUUACAUCCCAGAUAGGCUGUAUAGAAUAAGGUUACCAGACAUCCCUGUUUCCUGGGGACAGUCCCCAGAUUUACAAAUCAGUCCCCUGACAAAAUCCUAUCAUUCCUAUUGAAAUUGAAAAGUGUCCCCGGAUUCAUUGAAAAAAAUCUGAUAACCGUAGCAUAGAAUUGAAAAAAUGAAAAGGGGAAAUCAAAAAACACUCAGCUUUCUCCUGAUUACAGUACUUGGGGUCUCGUCAUCAUAUUUGUACCCCACCUAUCUGACUGUGUUGCCCAAUCCACUUAGGGUCAUGUGUCCUUUGCCAGUGAGUGCAGGGGUUCUGUGAAAGGAAACUGUGGAUCAGGCUGGGAAGUGGACAUCCAGCAAAGUUGGAAGUUUCAGAAAGGACUACUUCCUGCAACACAUAGUUAUAAACUACGGCAUUCACUCCCAAAGGAGGCAGUGAGAGGGCCAGCAACUUGGGUGGCUUUCAAAGAGGAUUAGACAAAUCCAUUGAGGAGAAGGUUAUCGAUGGCUACUAGCCAUGAAGACUAUGCUGUGCUGCCAGUGCUUAAAAUCAGGAAUGCUUCUGAAUACCAGCUGAUGGGAAGAGCAGGAGGGGAGACUGCUCUUGUGCUCAAGUGCUGCUUGUAGGUUUGCCAUAAUGGGCAUCUGGAAGGCCACUACAAGAACAGGAUGAUGGACUAGAUCCAGCAGGCACAUCUUCUGUUCUUCAGUCUUGUGAGAGGUGCUGAGUAGUGGGAGUUAUGGGUAGAGCAGCACUUGACAGUCCUACUGCCUUGGGGAGCCUCCAACUAGAGCUACGAAGAAAUCGUCAAACGUUUGCUUGUGAGGUUUUAAUGCAGGGGUUGGCAACCUGCGGCCCAUUGGCCCACUGGGGUCGUUUAAACGGCCCAUGAGCUGCCCCCGAGCUGAGCCGCCCACUUGGCGAGUCCCUGUGCGUUGCGCUAAAGUGCUGCAGCGUGGAGCAGGGACUCUCUUCCACAGCGCUGGACAUCGCGUCUGCACAGACGCAUUCCGCCCACAAAGUGAUCUCUGCAGGAGUGAACUGGCCCAGGCAAGGUAAACCUUUCUGACCCCUGUUUUAAUGUGACCUUUGCACAUGUAGGAACAAGAAGCAUGUUCUUUUCAGUAAUUAGAAAACUCAGAAGAGGACAGUGGAGGUGCUUUUCUGGAAUUCUGCAACAAGUGCAUUUGCAUGGGUCUUGGAAGUGCAGAAUCCUUCGCAUCAAUGCCUUCCAGCUGUUCGGGUUUAUUUUCCAAGACCCCCAUUCUAAGUGUGUCCCCCCCUCCCAUGUCUCUCUCAGCCUUCUCCCUGUCACCAAAGGCCAACCUCAACAGAGGUAUGUGAAAGUACUUGGCUUGUUUAUUGGUAGAAACAUUUCAUGCAAUUCCUCUGGAUACUCCCCCCCUUUUAUAUAUAUAUAUAAAAGUUUUCAGAUUGUUGCAGCCACACAUACUUGAGAAUGCCCUUAGUGUUUUCCAUUUCAGCGCCACCGAUAUGAAUCUGGUGAUCUGAAAUUGGAUUCAGCUGUGCUUGGAACAGCCAAGGCUCCUUCUUGAAUGCAAAGCAAUCUGGGCAGAGGUGCCUGGCGCUCGACUGGCUAGAUUUGUGCAAGAGCCUCCGUGGCUUGAGAGAGCUGCUCCUUCUUGCUUCCAAGACGUAGGGCUUCUAUGUUCUUAGGAGUUGUUCCUUGUGAAGGCUAUCUUGGGUUGUGGGUUCACAAACUGGCCUUCCGCAAAUCACUGUUAUGCAGGCGACAAAUCUGGUGCUCACCAGGCAGUUUUGGACUACAACUCUCAUCACCCCUGGCCAUUGACUGUGCUGGCAGGGGCUGAUGGGAAUUGUAGUUCAGCAACAUCAGGAAAGGUGCCAGGUUGGUGAAAUCUGGGUUAGCCCCUCACAUCUCUUCUCAGGGAAGUUGAGAUUAUCCCAAAGGAGGUGGCUUUGGCGGCAGAUACCGAAAGAUUUAUGAGUGUCUAAGAAAACAUAGGGAUCCAUUUUGAAAUUAUCCAGCAUUGUUUUUUGUUAGCUGGCCAGUCUCUGGACUGAAACCCUUUCCAAACUCCUUGCGUCUUUGCUCCCGCACCCCAUGAUAGAGCCCCAGGAUGUGGUCUGAAGGCUUAUGAAGCCACCACCUUGGUGAAGCUAAGCAGGUCUGGGCCUGGUGAGUGGCUGGAUGGGCAACCCCAUGGGCUCACCCCCCCCCCGGGUUUCUGGACAUUUGAUAGGUGGGUGAUAAAUGUACAAAGUAAAUUAAUGUUAUUGGCCAGAAUGUUCUGACUUCCUGGUGACUCCUGUCAUCGAGUUGUUGGUUAUUUUCCCCCUACCCCAACCAGAUGCCACAACUGGGAGCCAUUAGCUCUAAGAAAUGUGACUCAGACUGUUACGUGCCCUCUGCCGUUCUUCCUGGUUCUUGUUCCUAAUGGAUUGGUGCAAAGUCAUAAGUACAGUGGUACCUCGGGUUAAGAACUUAAUUCGUUCUGGAGGUCCGUUCCUAACCUGAAACUGUUCUUAACCUGAGGCACCACUUUAGCUAAUGGGGCCUCCCGCUGCCGCGCACUAUUUCUGUUCUCAUCCUGAAGCAAAGUUCUUAACCUUAGCGGAGUCUGUAACCUGAAGCGUCUGUAACUUGAAGCGUCUGUAACCCAAGGUACCACUGUACAUGAGAAGAGCCUGCUGGACCAGGCCAGUGGCCCGUCUAGUCCAGUAUCCUGUUCUCACAGCGGCCAACCAGAUGUCUGUGUGAAACUCGCAAGCAGGACCUGAGCACAAGAGCUCUUUCCCCUCCUGGCAUUUCCAGCAACUGGGAUUCAGAAGCAUUGCUGCCUCUGACUCUGAAGGCAAAGCAUAGCCAUAUUGUUGUUGGCAGCCAUUGAUAGUCUUGUCCUCCAUGAAUUUGCCUACUCCUUUUUUAAAGCCAUCCAAGCUGGUGGCCAUCCCUGCCUCCUGUGGGAGAGAGUUCCAUAGUUUAAUGAUCUUUUUCCUGCCCUGGAUUGUCCAACAUUUAGCUUCAUUGGAUUCUCAUGAGCUGUAAUGUUGUGUAAUGUAAUGAAACGUUAGGAGAGAGGGACAAAAUUUUUCUGGGCCCGCUUUUGCCAUACCAGGUAUAAUUUUGUAAACUUGUGUUAUGUCGUUUCUUCCUACCUUUUUCUCUAAAGUAAAAAAGUCCCAAAUGCUGCAAACUUUCCUCAUAGGAUAGUCUCUCCAUCCUCUUGAUCAAUUUGGUUGUCCUUUUCUCUCAGGUAUAGGAGGCAGCCGGUAUUGGCAAGACCUUCUGCUCCUCCGGUGGCAGCCAUUUUGUGUUCUGGGGCUCUGGAGGGAGGGAGUUGAGUCCUAUAGCUGUGUUGCUGCUCAUGUUCUUAAAUAUGCUGACGCUGAGCCCUCUCUUCUUCUUAAGUGAGGAUAAUUGUGCCAAGACCGCCAGAAAAGAGCUUGCAGAUUGGGAUAUUUCUUUUCACAGGGCCGGAGUGGCAAAUUCUGCAUCGUUCUAGCCCACUCAACUUUUGUCAAAGUCGGCCCAGAAUUAUUUAAAGCCCUGAUCUUUCUUCUUCCCCCACCCUCCCGCCAACCCUACAAACCCCCGUCAGCCCUGCGUUCUUUCCAUCCCCCCCCCCCACUUAUUUAGGCAUGCUGCGAAGAAUGCACAAUUAAAAACAGCUGGUUAUGAAAAUGAGUUUUCCCCUCGAAGGCAGGAGCAAAACUCUGCGCGCAGAGAGGGGCCUGGCGGAGUUGGAAUUGGCAUUUGUUUCUGCUGCUGCAUGUUCCUCGCUUGUUCCUUAAUGCUGCCCGGCGGCCUUUUUCGGCGCUCCUAGCCUCCCCAGCUCUCUGCUCCUGGGUCUGUUGCUUUUGAAAUGCUCACUGUUUUCAUGCGCUCUCCACCCCUCCCUCCCCUCCGCGAGCGCCUUUCCCCCAUUCACAUUAAUGUAAACACAUGUUGCCUGGGGCGUAACGUGAAUUCCCAAAGCGGUAUUUUGCGCGCACUGGAAUCUUUUGUGGAUUUCGGCACCGCAUUUGCAUAUACAAGCAGCCAUCCUGGCUUCAUAAAAGAAAGAAAAAGUAGAAAACGAGGCAGCGUUUCAGCAACCUUGCAGCAGUUGUAAAUUGAUUGGUAGGGAGGAGAUGGCUAUGAAUCCAUCAGCGGGAGAUUCCAGCUAUCUAGAAAUCGAUGGUGAUGUAAUACUUGGAGGAGGAUGUGCGUUUCUAUAUUUCAUUAUCUCUAAUCGAGCUUCGUUCAUUCAGAAGAGGAUUACCUGUCUCAUGUUUUUGGCUGUGCAUUUGAUAACGUGAACUGUCUGUGGGUCUUUCCAUUUCCCUGUUGCACAUCAUAAACAUUGGGCGUAUAUUGGUGGGGCUGGAAUAUAGCCAGCCCCCCAGCAUCUCUGUGUCCAAAGAUUUGGUUCAUAUUUUUAACAGGAAAUCUGUAAGGUCCAGGGUGCGUUAUUUGUAUGUUGGCAUGCUGAGUUGGUGUUUGUAUGCUCUCCCCCCACCCCAAGUCUGGCACCUCCAUCAACAACCCUCAUUUCCAUGGCUGGAAGAAUAUCUGAAAUAUUUAGAAGUGGCACCAGAUUUUGAGGAGCAAGCCCCGGUGGAGCAAUGAGAUGCUAAAAUUCCUCAGCGUCAUUUUGGGAGACAGCACUCUUGGAUGACAAGUUGCUUUAUGCAGAAAUGUUUGUUUCCUUGGUUGAUUUGUGUCCUGUCUUCCGGUAGUGGAAACUUGGAAUCGUAAGAGAUGGAGGGGGACCCCCAAAGGUCAUCUAGUCCAACCCCCUGCAAUACAGGAAUCACAGCUGAAGAAUCCCUGACAAAUGGCUGUCCAGCCUCUGUUUAAAAACCUCCAAUGAAGGAGAGCCCGGCUACCUUGCGAGGUAGUUCGUUUCGCUGUCAUCACUCUUGCUCCUCUUUUAAAUACUAAAAACUUGCUUUGGGACCCACCCACCCCUAUUUCACCAGUUUUGAGACUGAAAACUGCUUUGUUCAGAAUCCGGCCUGAUGAAGGGUUCUGGAGAUCUCAAAAGCAUGCUCACUUAUUUUGUGGCGUUUUGGUUGGUUCUGACGUGGAGGGCACCCUGUUAAUGAACACUGUCCUGAGACAAAGCCUGAUGGAGGAAACAGAACAGCUGCCUAAAAGUUGGGGUGCAGAUGAUUAUUUUGAGAAUUGCUUAGUUUCCCCCCUGGUGGAAAUCAGAUUUCUUCCUUUUGCGAUGAUGUCAUCAGCUGGAAUGCCAGCAUAGCUGAUGGGCCCUCCUUGCAAGUGAAUGAUGCGAUGUGGAGGCUUUCAAGUUUUGCUCAUUUUUUGGGGAAGAGUACUGCAGGUGGAAGUCAAGAGAGUAGGCAAAUGAUCAAGCGGAGGCUGGGCACUCAUUUCCUUUUCUUUGAUGGGGUUCUUAUUUCAGGUCUAACCAUUUCCUUGGCGGCACCACUUUGCAAGAUUCUCUGUAUUCCCUGUUAAAAGCUGAAGGUUGCAUUACGGCCAGCCGAAGGUCUCUGGUUAAGGCUUAAUGGGGUUUCCCGGUGGAAUUCAUCCUAUAAACAUCUACUCGAUGACUGUCAGUAGAGCCUAGUAAAUUGGUUGUUAUGCUAUGUACGGAAUAGACUCCUGGAUGUUGUGGUGAUGGUAGCAAAUGGGAAUAGAUUUAAAGGGGGAUUAAACAAAAUUUUAGGACAGGACAGAUGGGCCUAGCAGAUCGGAAGCCGUGACCCCAAAGAGGAGAGCCCAUUCCUUGCCCAGUCAGACUCUGCUAGACCCAGUAACUGGCAGGCCUGGAGGUUCUGGAAAGUACAGUGGGAGCUUCCCAUUGGGGCACAUAGUUGGCCACUGUGAGAACAGGAUACUGGACUAUGAAGGGGUUCUUGGCCUGAUCCAGCACUCAGCCUUUUCUCACAUUCUCUUGCCGCACAUUGGGCCCUGAUAGAAACUUGGAACCUGCAGCCACAUAUGAUUCUUAGUUUCUAAGGAAAUUGCGAAAUGGGGCUAUUUUUUGCCUUUACCCAGCAUCCAGACCGUUGGCCCUCCUCUCUGUCUAUCUUCUUUUCUUUGCAGAAUUCUGGUCAAAGUAUCCCAGGCUGCUCCCCUCCUGUGGAAAGAAGCAGGAGAUUGAAUAGGUUGCGAAUUCUAUAAAGCGUGCAAGAAUGGAUGAAUGCCCUUCUCUGAUAUAGUCUCCGGGGCCAGAGAAACGAACCCACAAGCAGGUUUUGAUGUUUCUUGUUACCAAGGAGCAGCUUCCACCAGACCCAGCUGUUGUUGUGAUGGGAGGUGUCAUCCAAAACACAUAGUGGGCAACAGGUUGGCAAAAUCUGGCUUGGAGGCUCCUAUAGGGUUCAUUGUGAAUAUAGAUUGUUAGGUUUCAAGCCCAGAAAGGAAGAUUCCUUAGCAAUUCUUUAUUUUCUGUCCUUGAAAAGGAGAUAUUCUGGGGGAAGGAAGCCUGAAAUGACCGAUGGUAACUCCAGAAUGAUUAGCGGUUGCAUUUUUGAGACAUAACAGGUUUCUCUUUAAAUGACUUGUUGUGUAAAUGUUUAAAGUACUUCCUGAAAUUUAUACAAACGCACUUGGUAGGCCUUCAGUCAUGGUCGGAGCUGUUAGCUCAGCUAUCUUUUCAGGACAGGCUGAGUAGUUUUGGGAACAACCCAAACACAGAUCUUUCCAGAGGCUAAUUUUGGACCCAAUAGACUACACAUUCUCUGAGAACCUUUCUUGCCCGUAUUGGGACAAAGCAACCUUGGAGAGGCCUGCCUCAAGGCCAUAAGGACUCCAGGGCUCUGGUGCUCUUGAUUAGCUUGUGCUAACAUUUGGCAGGGAACUCUUGUGCUUCCAUAUUCACUGUGCGUGGGGGAGGCAGGUCUACUGGGGCAAAUGGGGGCCCUGCCCCACUGACCUCAGCCUAUCCUCAGCCAGCCACUCACUUACUGACCAGGGGGUGGCCCUGCCUGCCAGUUUCCUCCCUAGGCUUGGGCAAUGUAUUGGUACGUCAUCCAGGACAGGCUUGAGGGCCAGAUCACAAUGGUGUUUUGACCCAGCUGUAUAUUGAGAGUGGGAGUUGCCAGCUGUUGCCUUAGCUUCUCCGACCCAGUGGGCGAGCUGCCUCCUUCAUCCCUGCGCCAGGCGUUGGCAGCAGCGACUUCACCCUGGUGCCUUUCAAGGCCAGCGGAAGUGUUCUUUCCUUUUCAACAUUGUGAUGUAUUGCAAUGAUUAGCUGGUGAUGCUUCACAACGUUGAAAACCUGAUAUCGCUCAGCCCUAUACCUCUCUCUUCAUCCCAGGUGUCGCACUUGUAGAUUUUAACAGUGAGGACAAAACUGGACUUAUUUGCUCUGGUGCUACCUACUCUCAGGCUCCCUGUCUUCUGCCCCACCAGCCCAGCCCAGUGCCUCUGCCAUUGCUUACUGGAGUUCACAGGGAAUAAACUCCAUUGGUUCCCCUUCACCCUUCCAUAGCUGUGCUGCCUUUGACCCGGCAGUGGUGGGAUUUGGGGUGUCUGUACGUUUUAAGUUACCUUCUGUGUAAGCGUUGCAGCUGCUGAACUGGACUCUGGGCACCAUGAAAGCAUCUCCCAGGGGACGGGAAGGGCCACAUCUCUUCAUAGGGAACUUUUUGGGGGGCCACAUGUCAUUGGCGAAAGUGGGUUUAUCCAUGGAUGUGCCCCCUACCCUUUGCAUAAUAGGCUGGAUUGCAGGCACGCAAAGGCCAGUGGUUUCUGCACAAGCCACAAACACACCUCUCCAACAUCCAUCCAGGAAAUGAGAGGCAUUUUCACUUUCCAAGGACGUAUUUCGGCCAGGCCAAAGUGCUCAAGGAACGUGUGCUUGCAAGCCCCUUCAUUAUAUUUGACACACAGCUCUCACCCCCUCUGGAAGUUUCCUUGUGCAGGAAUUGGUUUCAGGCAAUUUCCAGUGCCCCUCUCCUUCCCCACCAGCCCUAGGUGGCCACAACCCCCCUGCACUUUGCCACAGGACCGUGAAGUGACGAAGUGACAGACCGGACUCCUUUUUUCCAUUACCGGGAGCCCUCGCUUGCGUCAAAGGGGGAAAAAAGACUCUGCACCUCCAAACACGUCGGCAACGAGUGCAGUUUCCAUCUGGAAAGCCCUGGGGACUUCACAGUAAUUUGCUCGGUCACUUCAUUCCCCUGAAAUGUCAGCAGUUCUGAGCAGGGGCACCAAGGACUGUUUCUUUCUUGCAAGCGGAGCAGAGUCAUAAAGCUUAAGAAAUGAGAAUUUUUAUUUUAUUUUAAAAGCUGAGAUUGAGGAAAGGGGUUGGGGGGAGAGAGGAAACGUGUUUAUUUGCCCUGCGGAGUAUGACUUUGUAUUGCUGUGAGAUGAUGGUGCAUGAGGAACGACAGUGGCGAUUUGGAAGGCAUUUCAAAUGCAUGGGCUCUGCGGAGGGAAGGCUGCAUUUAAGUCCUGCACUCCCAUAAUGUUUUCUCCUGCUAAAUCAUUCCAAUGUUCCCGCAUUCCUUGCAUUUCUCAGGGCACUGCUAGUUGUUGUUAUUUUUAAUAUAUUGUGGUAACCUCAUGCCCCCUGCCGCAUCUGAAUGGUUUUCUUUGGAAGUUACCCCGUUUUGGAAACCGUUUUGGGACAUUCAGAGGUUCUCUAGUCUGAGUUGGAGGAAGAGGCUGUGCGGGGUGUGUGUGUGUGUGUGUGUGUGUGUGUGUUUUCCUUUGCAAACAGCCAGUUACAUUUUCCAGUCCUGUUGAAAUUGCUCUGCAAACAGAGGACCCAAUUCCUGCCCUCUCAGAUGGUGGUAUAAAUGAACAUAAGAGGCUGGUUGCUGAAUCAGGCCAAAGACUCAUCUAGUCCGGCAUCCUGUUCUCACAGUGGCCUACCAGAUGCCUCUGGCAAGCUCACAAAGAAAUAGGUUGAGUGACUUGAGAAACGUUGGACCUAAAUUGGGACUCACACUGUUUAUCAACCAGGCAGAAAAUGAUAGCUGGCCAGUACCCUGAUGUAAUGGACAAAUCUGACAGACUGCAAUGCAAGCCUUACAUCCGCAGUAGUCUUGCUAUGUGACUUUACGCAGGUCACUGUAUCAGUUCCUCAUCGGGGGAUGGGAAACCUAAGUAGCCAUGACCUACCUCACAGGGCUAGUUGUGAGGGCAAACACAACAGGGAAUGUAAAAAUUAAAGGACCAUUGAAAUAAGAGUCGGGUUUUUCCAUUCAGUUAUCCCUGCUUAUUAAAUAUUCUCUCAAUCCAUACCAAAGUCCAAAUUCUGCUACCUGCAGACCCACAUUUCUGCAAAUGGAAUAAAUUUAUGCUAGUGUAUCAAGGCUUUGCUGUACAUUUUCCUUCUGUUUCUGUGCUAGAGAAAAGCGUAGACAAAUUAUAAACUAAGAAUAGUGACAUCUAGUGACAGAACAUAGUAUUAGCCCUGAUGAGAGGGUUUGUUUUUUAAGGUCACAGAGCAAAAAAGGAACAUCCAAAAAGGCUUUUCCUUUCACAUUUACAGGCAAAAGGAUCCUUCACACUUGCAGAUUGCCUAUCACCAAAGAUCUGUUCCAUGAAUGAUGCUCAGUCAGCUGCACUUUGCAUACAGUGGAACCUCAGGUUGUGAACAUGAUCCGUGCGGGAGGCACGUUCGCAACCCACAGUGCCGCACAUGCGGGUUGCGAUUUGGUGCUUCUGCAUGAGCACCGAAACCUGGAAGUAACCCAUUCUGGUACUUCCAGGUUAAGCGCGGUGUGCAACCCGAAAUCUUGUAACCUGAAGCGUCUGCAACCCGAGGUACCACUGUAUUUGGAUUUGUACCAUGCAAAUUCAGAUUAGGAGUUAAGAGUUCUCUUCUCUUCGCUUUAUGAAAUGGUCUCCAUUUUCCCUAUCCAUUAAGCAUGCUUCAUUCUUUCCUGUCACAACAGCAUCUCCCAACCUGGUGCCCUCCAGAUGUUUUGCACCAGAACUCCCACCAGCCCCAGUCAGGGGCAAUAGUUUCAUCAGUACCAACCCAAAAUUUAGUAAUCCUGAACAUUACUUUCCACAAGAGCAAGUGUGGAGUAAUUGGUCAGAUCAAAUAAAACACUCAGCUGUGUUUUAUUAGACUUAAGAUCUCAUUUGGCAUCGGCGGAAAAUGUUAGCACUUUAUUGAUUUAUGGAGAGCACCUUCUGUUGCAAAGUGGCACAUCAGAAGAGGAGGAGGGGAAUUUGGAGGAUAAUGGUGGGCUGAUGACUCUAAGAAGGAGAGGAAAAGCUGUUAAAAGAGAAGUAUCCUCUGUCGCUUAGAUGCCUCUCCAAAAGUCCAGUUCAAGUCACGAGUCCUGUAAAUGUUUGAAAUUGCCUUAUAAUUUCCUUAGAAGGGAAACGGAAGAGAAUGCAAAUUAAAAGGGAGACUAUCUGCAUGCAAAGUAUGGGCUCUGUGAUUGAACUGUGUGGGUUACCCAAUAGCUUUUAAGAACUUAAGAGGAAACCUGCGAUAUCAGGCCAAUGGCCCAUCUAGUCCAGUGUCCUGUUCUCACAGUGGCCAACCCAAUACUCCAGUGGGAAGCUUGCAAGCGGGACCUGAGCGCAACAGCCACUCUCCCCACCUGAAUUUCCCAGGAACCGGCAUUCAGAGGCACACCUCCUCAGAUAGUGAAGGGAGAGCAUAGACACCAUGCCUAGUAACCAUUGAUUCCCUUAUCCUCUGAGAAUCCAUCUAACCCUCUUUUCAAGCAAUGCAAGGUGUGGCCUUCAUUGCCUCCUAUGGGAGCAAGUUCCAUAGUUGAGCUAUGCUCUGUGUGAUGAAGUCCCCCCCCUUCCUCUAUGCUCUGAAUCUUCCAACAUUCAGCUUCAUUGGAUGCCCCAAUAAGAUGUUUAGGUAGAGGCUCCCCCCUCCCGAAAGUAGGAAGAGGCAACACAUCUAGGGCCCAGAGCAAAAGAUCCAGGACUCAGGCUUCUUGGGCCACCCCACCUAACAAGCUCAUCUCUGCAAUCAUAAGGGUCAGGUGCUUGUUCAUUUGAGGAGUGAUGCUGAGAUCCUCAGGCAUCCAGUGGGUGCAAUAGAUAAUAUUCUGGAAGCUGGAUAAAAUGGCUUGUGUUGCAAUCACAACCCCCUGUUGAAUGGAUCACAGAAAGGCUCUGCUUUAGAAAUCUUGCUUUUGCUUUCUUGGUGAUGCCUGUUUGUUCUCCACACACAGAAUUACUGAGGGUUCUUGUGCUGUUUCCUGAAGUGCACAGUUUUAUCCAGCUAGGGACGGCAUGCGGAUGUUUAGACCACGGAGGAAGUCAGCUUGCUGGUUUCUGAGCUCUGUAUACAGUGGAGAGCCUUCCAAAAUAACAGACUGUAGUCUUAAGUGCCAGGAAAAUUGCAAGAAGCCAAGCCCAGUCUAAGCAAAUAAUUGGUGAUGUGGGCUGCUGCUGCUCCUUCUUUUUCCCCUACCAAUUUUGCAUUUAACUCAGAAAGUUGGAAGGUUGUUUUUGUUAACUUUGGGAGAGCUGAAAUCUUCUGCCAGGGUUGAAGCAAUAAAGCAUGCCCACUAGCAGCAGGCAACAAGCUGAUAGCGAGUUGGUUUAUUUUUAGGUGGCAUUGUUUUGUGUGUUUGUGUGUGUGAUUUUCCUUUGGUGAGGUUCCUCCUGGUCUUUUGGUGGGGAGCAUUUGCACACUGCUGAGUCACUGGAAGGGAUUGCAUCCAGUUUUCACACAACUGCCUUGAAAGAAGCAACCAGACUAAUGGAAAGCAUUAUCAAACCACCUUCUCGGCUUGCAGCAAACUAAUUCUGUUUCCAGUGUGGUUGGGGCUUGAGGAGAGUAAUUGAACCUGGGCCUGAACAUCCUGCUGGACUGACUUUGCACACCUGCUUCUGGCUCCUGGACUACCGUUUCAGCCCUUGCUGACUCCCUUUUGCACGCUCAGUUUUUGUGUGCUUUUGGGUAGUUGUGCCAGCACGGCAAGCUGCUGAGCUGAGCAACUCUGGAGCUCACCCCUGUGGUCAAAAGCUUCUCCCCAGAGAGUUACACUCCUGGUCACUUGGUAAAUUUGUUUCAGAUGACAAUGGCGGCUUUGGAGAGAUGGGACCUCCAUCCUCUCUCUGCUUUCCAGACUCUCCUUUUUAUCUCCCCAGCAGGGAGGCUCUUCCUAAUGUUAUAAUUACCUGCAAACAUUGUGGUUCGUUGAGGUGGAGCUUGCAGGAGCGGGGGGGGGGCAGGCGGUUAUUUUAUUUCAAGUCAGCUUGGAAGCCGGAGUCUGUUGCAGUCAUGCCAUCACCCUGAAAGCGGGGCUUAAAUUACAGGCUUGACUGUGGCUUCCCCCCACCCCUUUUUUUCUUUCAGAAUUUGUGCCAAGUUGCAAUUUACUUAAUGAAAUCCUGCUCUUUGGUUCGGCGGGGAUAUCUUUUGCAGAUGUUGACUCGACUCAGACCUUCCCCAAGCUGGCGCCCUCCUGAUGUUUCAGACCACGACUCCCAUCAGCCCCCGCUGCCAGCACUGCCGUGAUGUUGAGGGGGUUGAUGGGAAUCACAGCCCAAAACAUCUGGAGGGUGCCAGUUUAGAGAUGGGCUGAUUUAAUCCCAUGUUUGUGUGUGCUUGCUCUCUCCCCCCCCCUUUGCACUGUUUUUUUAAAAAUGUGAACCGUGCAGUUUUGUUUCCGGCUUUGUUUUGUUCCUAACAGUGUUGCGAUGGCUGCCACCAACUCUGUCCGUGUGCGGGGGGAGAAAGUGGCUGUCACGUCCUGCCUAGCUUCUCUUCUCUUGCUCCCCCCCCCAAAAAAAAUCGACAGGACCUCUUAAGGAAAUAAACCUUAGAGAAAAAGAACUUUGACAUAUGCCAUCACAGAUCUUCAUGUACCCUCUGAUUUGUAAUGGCCAAACAGAUCAGAUGUCUCUCUCUCACACCCCUUUUCUGAUUUUCCUCUGCCUCUGGUGUUGGUUUUGGUGUGGGAAGGGGUUGCUUUCCUUAGGCCUUCGGCUCACCCCUCUUCUUCUGCCAAAGCUGCACUGAGGUCACAGGAUCACAGCCCUGCAAAAGUCCUAAUCCAAAAUAGCACUGCGUUGUUGUUGUUGUUGUUGUUGUUGUUGUUGUUGUUGUAAAUUUCCUUAAUCGCCAUUACAGUGGUACCUCUGGUUAAGAACUUAAUUCAUUCUGGAGGUUCAUUCUUAACCUGAAACUGUUCUUAACCUGAAGCACCACUUUAGCUAAUGGGGCCUCCCGCUGCCACCGUACCGCAGUGGCGCAAUUUCUGUUCUUAUCCUGAAGCAAAGUUCUUAACCCAAGGUACUGUUUUUGGGUUAGCGGAGUCUGUAACCUGUAGUGACUGUAACCCGAGGUACCACUGUACUAACAACCCCAAAGUGCGGUAGCAUUGCACCGUAUGCAAAGCAAGCAAGCAAUGAAAACAAUAAGAGAAAGAAACAACCACACACCAAUUCAAAUCAAGACACUCUCUUUCCCAAGACGACUUGGAUGGCGAAUGUUGAGCAUCCAAGUCCAAAGCAUAGGAAAUAAAAUCCCACCAGCAGUUUUGAAAUUAGCCAGGCGCCAAGCACAUUUUGCUACUGACACAGAUCCAGUUACGACUUCGUGGAGCUUUCUGGGCAUCAGGUUGGCAUCCACAGUUUAAAAACCUAUGUCUUAGUCUAUACCAUUUCCACUUCCACUGUGGAAAUGUGUGUGUGUUUCUCCUUCUUGCACACUGGGACAUGUGAAUUGUUGUAAGAGCAAGUUACACUCAAACAAUGUGGCUCAGAUAAUAGAAUCAUAGAAUUAUAGCGUUGGAAAGAGGGAUCCCAGGGGUCAUUUAGUCCAACCGCCUGGCGAAUAGGCCUUCCGUUGUGUGGCGAUUGUAACCGAGAUUUGAGCUGCCAUUUGGCACCUAGAUUAUAUACCUGAGUUUCUAACAUUGCCCACCAGAUGACAUAAAAGCAGCCUGGAUCCUUCAUCUCUCUGGAGAUGUGCAGUUUAUGUAUUACUUUUUCUGCAGUAGCCAAAGUCUUGUACCACAGAUGUAGAUCUUUCAAGACUACGGGGCUAUUGAAAUCCUAGCUGCCGCCCACAUCCAUGUCACAAGCUCUUUAGAGCAGCAAGCUUUCAUGUUGUCUGUCUACAUUUUCAGUAAUGAUGGUUGUGCCAGUUUUCUCAGGUACCCCAGCUUCAUCCUGGCAGUGGGGUGGCUUGGUUCCCUGUUUGCUGAGUUGCCUGUUGAGGUGUUUUGUCUGUUACAGGGGCAGGGAACUUCUGUCAGCCUGAGGGCCGCACUCCCUUGCAGGCAAGCUUCUGGGGGCCGCAUGUGAGUAGCAGUGGGCAGGACCAGAGGCAAAAAGUCGGUCAAGCAGAAGAUGGGAUUUUUGUAAUAGUGGGCUAUUUUCCAGGAUGAGCCAAUGUAGUAUAAAGCCUAAGAGCAGGGGUAGGCAAACUAGGGCCCGUGGGCCGGAUGCGGCCCAAUCACCUUCUCAAUCUGGCCCGCGGACGGACAGGGAAUCGGUGUGUUUUUACAUGAGUAGAAUGUGUCCUUUUAUUUAAAAUGCAUCUCUGGGUUAUUUGUGGGGCCUGCCUGGUGUUUUUACAUGAGUAUAAUGUGUGCUUUUACAGUGGUACCUCGGGUUAAGUACUUAAUUCGUUCUGGAGGUCUGUUCUUAAUCUGAAACUGUUCUUAACCUGAAGCACCACUUUAGCUAAUGGGGCCUCCUACUGCUGCCGCACCGCCGGAGCACGAUUUCUGUUCUUAUCCUGAAGCAAAGUUCUUAACCCGAGGUACUAUUUCUGGGUUAGCGGAGCCUGUAACCUGAAGCGUAUGUAACCUGAGGUACCACUGUAUUUAAAAUGUAUCUCUGGUUUAUUUGGGGGGCAUAGGAAUUCGUUCAUAAUUUUUUUUCAAAAUAUAGUCCAGCCCACCACAUGGUCUGAGGGAUGGUGGACCGGCCCACGGCUGAAAAAGGUUGCUGACCCCUGCCUAAGAGUGUUGCUUGCAUCUUCCGGAGGCAUCCACAGCCAAAAGGGGAUUUGAUCCUAGGCUCUGUCUUCCCUCAUCCUGUUCUAAACUCUCAAUGCCAGCCUGAUGCCUCCUAGAUGUUUUGGGCUAUAGCUCCCAAACAGGCUGGGACUUACGGGAGUUGUAGUUUAAACCACCUGGGGGGGCGCCAGGUGGUCACAGGCCAUUGUGGCAUUCCUGGUAAAACCUCACGCCUCUCUUCAAGGCUUCUCCCUCUUUCCCUGGUUUUAACUGUGUGCUUUCCAUCAAAAAAUGCAAAAGGGGGAAAAACGUCUGUAGAGUUUGGGGUUUCUUUGUUGUGGGUAACAAGCUGUGAACGCUAGGUCUUGCGGUUGCAUUAUUAUCAGAAGCGCAGGGCAAACGAUGCCCGCUGCCUCAGCCAGUGCAGGAAGUGGUGAGACUUGCCAGGAAUGUAACUUGCACCCUCAAGAUUAAUUAAUAACCAGCGCUGGCUUUGGGCCACGCUCCAAGGAUCAGGGAGAGAUAAAGCCAGCAAAAGGGGGCAGGCAGGGGAAUGCUUUUCUAAGAAGGGCAUUUAAAAAGGAGCUGGUGAGUUCUGUCUUUUAAAAAUGAAAUAGUACGGCAGUGCUUAGUUUUUGCAGAACCGCUGCAUGUUAUUUUGCACUUCGGCUCUGAGGCCGCAGGAUAAAACGUUUGCACAAAUCCAUUGUGUUGGGGACACCCACCCACCCUCCUGUGGCUAAGGGGUCCUCCGCAAUCAGCCGAGGCUCACAGUUUAAUCCAACCUUCGCCAAGAUGAUAUCACCUGGAUGUCUCGGACUACAACUCCCAUCAGCCCCCAGAAGUCAGUGUGGCUCUGUUCCCAUCAGUUCCCGUGCCAUAUAGCUGGCUGGGGAUGAUGGAAGUUGUAGUCUGGGGGGCACCAGGUUGGUGAAGGCUGCUCUAGUCACAUGUUGCUUGUCUCUCUACUGUCAGAGCACUGAUCUGUUGGUGAAAGCACCAAUGAUCUUAAAUGUAAUAGUGAUGCGAAGCCUUGCAAAGCAUUUCAGCGUUGCCAAACCAUCCUGUAACCACACUUCUGAAACUAGGGGUGUGUGGACAGCCCUACCCUCGGGAGAUUUGCUUUCUGGCUUCCCUAUAAUCCCUGAGUUUCCCCCCGCCCCACAAGAGGUACCUCUGAAGUCCUUUUGACUUUUUCCCUUUGGCAAAAUUUGGGGGGCAGCUCUUACGGAAACCACGAUUGCCGUGGGCCCUCUCUGUGUGUGUCCUCCGCCCAUGCACUCAACCUCAAGGAGCAGCAUAAAGAGGCGGGGAGGGGUCUUUCGAGGGAGGGGUGCGGGGAGUAAAGCGAGCUGACAGCUGACUUAACUCCGAAGGUAUGUCUCUGAAGAGUUGGCUUGUACAAACAAGCAGUUUGGGGCUGUGAAAGCGCUGCUCCAACAAUGCCCCCCCCCAACCUGUCACGGAUCGCCUGUCUUGGGACCUGCCAAUCUCGCCUCCUGCACAAUAAUGAAAUAACGAGGGAGGGAAAGCUUUUGAGGAGGGAGGGAGGGAGCUGGCGGAGUUGGUUGCAGGCCAUGCCUCUUGCAAGUUUUCCACCACCAGAUAAGUCCCUUGCUCUCCAUUGGAGCUCUUAAUGUAAUGGGAUAGUUCUGGAGGCAGGGUUUAGCUCUGUUUUAUAGUGAUGCAUUCCAGCUGAAACUUGUAAGGCUGAGGUAUUUUAAGUAUACUGGCUUGAUGAAAAUGAUUCGAAGCAGUGUUGGGGCAGGAUGCGGGAGGGGGGCAGCGGAGGUUGACGACUACAUUUUCUGGCUUUAAAGUACCAUUUUCUGCAGGGGGAAUUUUACUUCUUCCUUACUCAGCUACUUCUUACUGAGGAUAUUCGUCGUGGGCUGAGCCUUAUGAAUGAGAAAAUAUGCAGCAUGGUCUCUAGAGCAAAAGAAGGGUCACAGAAUAAAUUUCGGAGUGGUUGGAUGCAGGGAUGUGAUGCCCUGCACAGUCCCUUGAUUCGCCUUAUGGCGAGCAAAAUCAGAAUACACUGUGCAAAAGUUUUGUAGUUUAAAGAAAUGCAGAAUAGAUGAGGGAAAGGCAAAGCAUUCAGAUUUACUCCAUCUGAGUAAUAUGUGUCUGGGUCUCAAGUCGUUCCCAGAAUCCCACUUAUCUUUGCUGAUAAUUGUUCUUGUUGUUUAGUCGUUUAGUCGUGUCCGACUCUUCGUGACCCCAUGGACCAGAGCACGCCAGGCACUCCUGUCUUCCACUGCCUCAUGCAGUUUGGUCAAACUCAUGUUGGUAGCUUCGAGAACACUGUCCAACCAUCUUGUCCUCUGUCGUCCCCUUCUCCUUGUGCCCUCCAUCUUUCCCAACAUCAGGGUCUUUUCCAGGGAGUCUUCUCUUCUCAUGAGGUGGCCAAAGUAUUGGAGCCUCAGCUUCAGGAUCUGUCCUUCCAGUGAGCACUCAGGGCUGAUUUCCUUAAGAAUGGAGAGGGUUGCUCUUCUUGCACUCCAUGGAACUCUCAAGAGUCUCCUCCAUCACCAUAAUUCAAAAGCAUCAAUUCUUCGGUGAUCAGCCUUCUUUAUGGUCCAGCUCUCACUUCCAUACAUCACUACUGGGAAAACCAUAGCUUUAACUACACGGACCUUUGUUGCCGAGAAUUAGAGUUGUCUAAAUGCAGGGUAAAAUUAAAUAAAGAAGCAAGGAUUGUGCUUGGUGUCAAUUAAAAGGGGAUUCGGACAGUAAGAAGUCCAAUCUGAACGAUACCUCCGAGAGCUGCUCUACUAUUUUUAAAAACAGUAAGAACAUAAGAAGAGCCUUGCUGGAUUUAGACCAAGGCUGAGCUAGUCCAGCAUCCUGUUCUCACAGUGGCCAGCCAGAUAGCUGUGGGAAACCCACGAGCAGAACCUGAACACAGGAACACCCUCUGCCCUUGUGGUCUCCAGCAACAGGUAUUCAUAAACAUUACUAUCCCUGGUGCAGAGCAUAGAGCCAUUGUGGCUGGUAGCCAUUGAUAGCCUCCUCCUCAAUGAAUUUGUCCAAACUUCCUUUAAAGGUAAAGGUAAAGGGACUCCUGACCACUGGGUCCAGUCAUGGUCAACUCUGGGGUUGCGGCGCUCAUCUCGCCUUAUUGAACGAGGGAGCUGGCCGGCAUGACUAAGCCGCUUCUGGCGAACCAGAGCAGUGUAUGGAAACGCCGUUUACCUUCCUGCCGGAGCGAUACCUGUUUAUCUACUUGCACUUUGGCGUGCUUUCAAACUGCUAGGUUGGCAGGAGCAGGGACCAAGCAACGGCAGCUCACCCCGUCGCGGGGAUUUGAACCGCCGACCUUCUGAUCGGCAAGUCCUAGGCUUUGUGGUUUAACCCACAGCGCCACCCGCGUUCCUAAACUUUCUUUAAUGCCAUCUAUAUUGGUGGGUUAGGUUGAGAGCUGGUGUCCGGCCCGAGGCCAGCCAGUGAGCUUCAUGGCAGAGUGGAGAUAUGAACUCUGGUCCUAGUAGAGCACUGUAGCAACUACACAACACUGGGGAGUCAUGUCCUUCAUCCAAGAUCUUCAUGUCAGUUGAUGGAGGGAGUUUUCUUCUUCCAGGCAGGUUGCAAGCAGCCCUUAUAUCCUUCAUGGUUUUCAGGGAUGAAAAGACUGUCAAAGUGGAGAGAAGCCCCCCUUUUUUUUGGUCAACAGUCUCAGCAUUUAUUAUCAUCAGGUGACUCUGAAUGACAUCCUUUCCCCCACACAAGGAAGUUGCCCGUGGAAUUUUUUGCCACAAAGCCACUUGUUGCUUUCUGAGCCCAAAGCAAACCGGUUGGAGGCAGGUGGCCGAGUUCCAGGGGUCUGGCUGGAAGCCCUAAGUUACGUGACAUCCAUGUCUCUUCCGCCGCCCCCACCCCAUCCCUCCAGUCAAUGUUAUUUCCCUUGAAUGGGUUUCAGAGUUCAACAGGAACUGCAUCUUCCUCCACAAGGUUGGGCAAUUAAGCUGCCUUCGGGUUUUCGAAUCCUUCCCCUCAGAGCGGAGGCUAAGUGCUGGGUCUCAAAGGGACACCUCCUUUGGAAAACUGGAAAAUCUGAGGUGCUUUUGUUUUCCUUCCUCCUAGAAAGAAUACAUUUUUAUUACCUCUCGAUUCCACAAUUAUAUCUAUCAACACAUGCACACAGAGAGACGUAUAUAUAUGCACAUAUACAGGUGAGCAGCCUGUUCUAGAUGGGGGUUGCACUCCCCCCAAAAAAACAUUGGCUUUGCCAUCUAAAGGUGUUUAUUGAUACAGCAAUGGAAUUAGUAGCUCAAGUGACCUCUGUGGCUCAACGUGGCUUUUAUCAGCUGAUCUGCAACCUGUCAUCUUACCUGGAUGGUGAUACCUUGGCUCCUAUUCCCCAUGUUCUGAUAACGUCCCGUUUAGACUCUUGCAUUAUACAUGGGGCAGCCUUUAAGAAAGGUCCAGAGACUGCAAGGGGUCCAAAGCAGGGAUGUGAGAUUAAGUGGGUCGACCUUGUGCUUCGCCAGCUCUACUCUCUCCCCAUCACCACCUCAGUCUGUUUCCAGCUCAUCAUUUUAAAGUGCUGGCUUUAUCUCAUUUAAAGCUGUAAGCCAGUGGUUCUCAAAUGCUUGGUUCCCUAAACCCAUCCCCAGUGUCUGCUGCUCUACCCUAUAAAGAGCAUUGUUCACAAUAGUGGUCUGCGCGACUCACUAAGGAAGAGAACAACACAAUAACAUUCAAAACAGCAGCAGUGAAUUGCGCAUUUAUUCAAAAUCCAGUUAAAACUAUUUAAUUGAAUUAAUCCAACAACAUUGAUGAACUUGGUCCAGUGAUGCCAGCUUUUAGAAGUCUUGGUAGUCAUUUAAACUCCCAGUGCCCCCCUCAGUACCCCACCCCUCAGGGAGCAGUACCACCCACUUGGAGAACCACUGCUGUUGGUAACUUGGGAACAGGCCAAAGUCACUUUCUGCCAUAGUUAGGCUACCCAAACCUUUGGGUGCCCCCACCAAAUGAAGCCAGCUGGGCAACCGUCAGCAGUGGCACUCCAGUUGGAAUAGCCGGUGCAGGGAGGUUCUCCUGGGACCAACUUUCCAUCUUUUCAUUCACCCUUUCUGGUCACCCAGGUCUUUUAAAUCAAUUAGGUCACCCAAGCCUCUGUAUUUUAAAUGCAUUUAAUUUUGGGAGUUUCUGCCAGGCCUGCUUUGUUGUGUUUCUACAGUUCCUCACCCCCACAAAAUCAUUUUCCAUUUUUCUUUGUGUUCCAUUUGUUUGUUGUUGUUUCACUUGUUUAUCAUAAACUGUCCAAAUAAAUCCCACGUCAAAGGGAUCACAGCUCAGGGCAAACUGAUCUACCAAACGAUUGGGAAAUUAUUAACACAAGCAAAUGAGCCAAAGAAGAAAAGCUGUUUUCAUGUAUGCACUUAAAAAAAGAAAAAGAACAUCCCCCCCCCCCCGGGUGACUGCUACUCUUGAGAAUCCCCAAGGGCUUGGUUGAUUGCCAAAACAUGAAACCAUUUUCUUGCACCAGCCGGAUUAUUAAGCCUGUUGCAUUGUCUGGCUGAGAGGUGGGGAAAGUACCAUUAUCUCCACCCCCUCCUUCCCUUUCUCCCCCUUUAAAAUUGUAGAGUUACAACUCUCAAGUUAAAACACUCUUUUAACAAAGCUGCACAGUUCCAGAGAUUGUUCUCCAGGCAAGCGGGGUCUAUAUUUCCCCUGCCAGUGAAAUUUGAGAAUGAAAGGGGAAGGUGGGGGCAGUGUGGAGUGGGGCGGGGCAGGGGCACUAGGCCCCUGUUUUUGAAAUCCGGUGAGUCAAUGGAAUCUCUCAAGCAAAAUGAUGGCAUCAGCCUGUGUGCGAGUUAAUCGGACUUGAAGGUAUGAAGGCAGAGGGGUCAGGAGGCCGCCGUCUCGUGAUAGAUUGUCAGGGAGCUGAAUACCAGCUCCUUGCCAGGUCCGUAGCUCCGCCCUGAACCGAGAAUCCUGGCCUGGUGCUGCACAGCCACAGUGGUGGAGCCAAGUCCGGCCAGAGCUGGAGAGACCAGUCCCCACACGCAGGAGCAGGCAGAGAAUCAUUGUUUGCCUUCUGAUUCUCUGUUUGCUUACCAAUCGAAGCCUGGCAUUUCUAAGUGGCUGAGCCCCAUUUGGCCAGGGAAAUGGUAUACAGGCAGGGGAGACGCUUUCAGAAAGGAAGGGGCUCCCAUCUCUUCGACAGAGUUCCUUGGAGGAGAAGGGAAAGCAUUUUGGAGAGUUCCGGGAAAAUGUUUCCAUAGGAAUCCUCCAAAACGUUUGGGUUGGAAUAUGUAUCAGACUCCAGGGUUAUCUCUGGCAUUCUUUCUGAACUACAGUUUGAAGCAGAAUAGAAGGCGACAGCCAGCUGUUUUGGUUGGGGAAGAAAGUGACGGGGAUUGUGGAUUUUCACUGAACUUUGGUGGCAGUGGGUGAGAAUCUUUGAGACUCAAGAGGAGUCAUGAUGGCUUGAACUUGCCUUGGCCCUUCCACUGCCCUCUGGCAGACUCUCCUUCCAGCCUGGUGUCAUCCAGAUGUUUUGGAAUCUGCCUCAUCAGAAUUGGUCAGCGCUUGACAGCUGGUGGGAGGCAGAGUCCAAAAUAUCUGGAAGGUACCAAGGACCAAUAGCCUUGGAUCAAUCUUUGCCAGCCUUGUGCCCACCAGGUUGGAUGCCUGAAGACUCUUGGGAUUAGCUGUGAUUCCUACAUUGCAGGGAGUUGGCUGGAUGAUCCUUUGGAACCCUUCCAACACUGCCAAUCUUUGAAGAAGAACAACAAAAAAGGAUCCCAUUUACAAACUGGGUUACCAGGGGCUGUGGGGCACAGAGCCUGGGAUUCUGUGUACAGUAACUGCCCUGGAACAGUAUAGAUGCUCUCCCACACUCCAGAGCAAGCAUGGGGAGCAAAGAAUGAACCAAAGAAGAGUCGUAGAGUUGGAAGGGACUGCAAGGGCCAUCUAGUCCAAGCCUCUGCAAUGCAGGGACCUUUUUGCCCAACGUGGAGCUCAAAUCCCUGACCCCAAGAUUAAGUUCCGACUGAGCUGUCUUGGGGCUAUGAAGAUGUUUGCAAUAUUGGGGCUGGCCGUGUAAAACCUCUGGAUUGUGCUGGACUUCCACCCACAACUGGUUAAUGGAGCCAGGUCUCCUGUCUUGCAAGCUUUCGCUGCUGACUAGAGUAAGCUUCUUGUGGCAUCUGCAAGCUUGCAGACUCUUGGACACAGAGGAACACGGGAAGCUGCCUUUUACUGAGUCCAUCUAGUUCAGCAUUGUCUACACUGGCAGAAGCUCUCUGUGGGAUUCCCAGGCAAGGGAUAUUUCUCAGUCCUAGCUGGAGAUGCUGUGACUUAUCUGCGUGGCUCUUCCUGAGCUAGGAACAGCGAUGUUUGGCACAGGGGGUGUGGAGUGGGGGUGGGCAGCCUUAAGCCUCCUUAACAGAGUCGGGGAAAUAAAUCCUCUGAGCACUUGAGAGGCAGGAGAUGCUGGGCGUGUGCAGAACUUGAGUGUGGUUCAGCUGUGGCAGCAGAAAAGAGCCGAGCGAAAGGCGGGGCGGCCAGGGAAUUGACGCAGAUAGGGUGCUUGCAGGAGGACUUUCUGUUUAUUUUACGGUCAUCCUUGGAAUCCCCCGAAUGGUUUUUUUUGGAAAAGAGCCUGCUGAGCUCUCCAGAUUACAUGUUUUGAAAGCAGCUUCACCUUUCCAGGGCCCCUUUCAAGGAUGUCGAUUCCUGGGCUGCGCAGUUUUGCAAGUGGGGCAAUGGGAGGCAACCCUUGGGUUAUCGCUCUGCCUCUGUUUCCUGGGGCCGUAGAAUAGGGGCAGGGAAAGGAACCGGGGGGGAGGGAAGGAGGGGGGAGGGAAGGAGGGGGGAGGGAAGGAGGGGGGAUUUUCCCGACGCUCCUUUUUAAGUCCUAAAUCUUUGAUUGUCACUAACGCAGCCCUGUUGAAAGUCCAGUUGAACUGGUUUGCAAAUCGCACACACAAAAUCCCGAGCGCAUUUGGGAUAAGCUGCAUUUGGGUCGCAGAGGUCCAUUUCUGACGCCAGUUGAACACACAUCAUGAGGUUUGCUGCUUUGGAAACUAACCUGCCCUUUCUGCGUCUCCUCUUCUCCUUAGAUGCCAGCAUGUCCCCUGACGCCAUUAAGCAAAGCCAUUGGUGCAACGUCGCCUACUGGGAGCACCGGACGCGCGUCGGGCGCCUCUACACCGUGUACGAACAGUCCGUCAGUAUCUUCUAUGACCUACCUCAAGGAAACGGCUUCUGCCUGGGACAGCUGCAGCUGGAGAACAGGAACGAGACUGUCCACCGGACUCGAAGUAAGAUUGGAUAUGGAAUUUUGCUCAGCAAGGAGCAGGACGGCGUGUGGGCCUACAACCGCAGCGAGCACCCCAUCUUCAUCAACUCCCCGACACUGGACAUUCCCAACUGCCGGACUCUCAUCGUGCGCAAAGUGAUGCCUGGCUACUCGAUCAAGGUCUUCGACUACGAGAAGUCUUGCCUCUUGCAGCACGCCACGGACUUGGGGUACCCCGACGGGCCUUUCGACCCUAACAGUGUCCGGAUCAGCUUUGCAAAAGGCUGGGGCCCUUCCUACUCCAGACAGUUCAUCACCUCCUGCCCCUGCUGGCUGGAGAUUUUGCUCAACAACCACAGAUAGCCGCUCCAGCCUUGGAGGAGGAGAAGGAGGAGAGCCGAGUGGGACACGAGACUUAUCCCCAAAUAUCAUCUACCUAGAUUUAAUAUAAAGUUUUAUAUAUUAUAUGAAAAUAUAUAUUAUACUUGUAAUUAUGGAGUCAUUUUUACAAUGUAAUUAUUUAUGUAUGGUGCAAUGUGUAUAUGGACAAAAAAAGGAAAAUGCACUUUGGCUUAGAGGUCUUUCAAUACAGUUGUGUUUGUUUUUAAGGAGGAAAAAAAAUUAUACAGCAAAAAAUGGAAGUAGCGCCAUGUUUGGGCUGUAUAGUUUUUUAUAUUAAAAAAAAUAGUAAUACCCAGAAAGAAAGAAAAAGCUAAUACCGGACACUCGUUGAUAAUAAAGUAUUUGCAUUAUAGGUUUUGCCCCCC